CAUAUUCUCUCCCACACAUUCCCACGCAUAACAUCUCACUAUGUAUCUUUUUCUAUUUUCCGCAGUUAUUUUAACCCCUUUCCUCUCCGCACAGUUUUUCUUCAUUUCUGUCACUUCAUUCAUUUUUAUUCCAACCUCUUUCUUCCCUCUACUCUGUUACUUUACCUCUCCUGCAACACCCCCUCCCACGUAUGCAUCUCAGUUCUCCCUCCUUCAAACAUCUCCGUAUUCCUUCACUUCUAGCUGCAGAAAGUCUCAGACAUUCCGUAAAAGUGUGGAAGUCACAAAGACAAUCCUUCUGCGAAGCACCUUAACACAGGUAAUGUUACUGCAACUGGUUUUAUUUCUUCUGUGCAUUAUUUUUUUUUUUUUUUUUUGUGGAAUCUUGAAAGCUUGAUUACAACUUUAAUAUCUUAAAUCUUGUUAUUUAUGAGUGCAUUGAUGUGUUGCCUUUCCAUGUUGCAUAUUUCAAACCACACACUUUCCCUUUUUUUUUUACACUUGGAUAUAAUAACAUGUGCGCCUAGACCUAAAAAAAAAAUCACACACAAAGGGCAAAUCUUCUGUGAUUAAUACAUCAGGAUUUUCGUACCUCUGAGUUUUCAAAAACUAGACAUUUGUUCUUGUAACACACACUUAUCAUUAUUGAUAAACCCUGAUUGUUCGUACAUUUCUUGUUUUCUGAUGGAAUUAUACAGUGUUUUCACAUUAGCUCCAGCGAGUGGUAAAUUUAAACACUUAAACAGCUUAAUUAGAGCUUGUCUUAAAGCAUUCACAAACUGGUCAUGGUAACAGUAACAAAGAUCUAUUCUCUGAAGAAUAGGGCUGUACAAAUUCUGGGUUGAGGGAUGCAUUUGGAAUUCAGUCUUUUUUUACAGUAUUAGAUAUAUUUUACUGGACUUAGGUUUUCGAAGAUUUUUUUUAUUUUUCUGGUAAUCUUAUCUGUGUUUACAAAUAUUUUGUUUUCAUUGUUUCUUCUGUUUGUAUAUUUCUAUAUUGUAUGUUGUAGUGCACUAUUGAAAUGUGACACACAUUUAUGUUGGGGAUUUUUUUUUCCAAUCCUUAUCUGUUACAUUAGCCUCUAUUGAUGUAUGUUUGCUCUAGUUUAUAAAAGAGAUUAUAAAUUCUAGAAACAUUAGUCACCUCUCUAUACUAUGUUACAGAAUGUUCUGUUUAUUUUUCAUACUUACACCAUACUAUUUUCAAGAAUAACGUAAUCGUUAUGCACUGUUCUAUAAUUCUUACAUUUCCAAUAAAAAAAGCUGUACUUUGAACACCAAGUCUACGGCAGACCGCAAAGCAGCCUUGAUAUGUGACCUUAUUGGUUGUCUAAUCUUUAUUCUCUCAAAUUUUUCCAUUGUUUUAUUUUUGUUUCUCCAAGGGUCUGAUGUUGUUGCCUCUCCUUUUUAUUCAAAAUAUUGGAUUGUGCACACCAUGUUCAUUUCUCCAUUACAAUGAUCUAGCUGGUGGAGGCCCACUUAUAUAAGCACUUCACAAUGUCAAAUGUGUGGUUUGUUUUCCACUGUAUUAGUUUUACGACUACCCGCCAAUAACAGAAUUGUCUAACCUCAGUCCAGGAAUUAAAUAGCAUUAUGGUAAACUCAAGUUGAACUCUGCUGUGCGAAUUUUCGUGACUCACCAAGCUGAAUCCUCAUAAUGGUCGUAGAGAAACAGUGCAGUAGAAAACCUUUAGGCACGGUGGUGGAGAAAUAACCAAAUAUAUAAACAUGGUCAGAGCACAUAAAAAAAAAAAAUUAGAGUAAUCUAGUUCUGUGCAAAAAUUACGUCUGUUGUCAACACACACUGCACUCUGGUGACUGACAUCAUCUGCUUCACUUGUGGGCAGUGUUGUGAGUGUACCAGUAAACAGAAUCUAUUCAGUUCAUUUCAGUCCAGCUCUUCUUCCAAAAUUUGAAUGGCUGGUGGCCGGCUGUGACUCAGUGCAUCUCGAUGCUUGUGAACGCGAAUACUGCGCGCAUGCUUGAUGUAGCGUUCAGUGGUCCAACAAUACUUCUUUAUGAAAAGCAUUUGAUUGGACCAUGUAUGGUAGGGGAAUGAGAAGAUCCAGCGUGACACCGGAGAAAAAGAGGACACGAUCAUAGGAUUCUUGACCCAGUGAUGGAUUCAAAGUAAGUUUUAAUCCUUUUUAAUGUGGUAUUUAAAAUUAAAAUGUAAAGAAUUGGUGCCAAGUGCCCAAUAGUUAAUUUAGACUUAAAUUUUUUUUUCAAAAAAUACUACACUGAAAAGUGUUGGGUAACCCUUUAAAGGGACCCUAUAGUCGCCAGAACUAUAGCUUAAUGUAGUUGUUUUGGUGAGUAUAGUCAGUCAAUGUAGGAUUUUUGCUGUAAACACUGCCUUUUCAGAGAAAAUACAGUGUUUACAUUGCAGCCUAGGAACACCUCUAUUGGCCACUCCUCAGACGGCCACUAAGGGUGCUUUUUGGGUCAGUGCUGCACACUGUGCAGCACCCUCGUUCAGCGUCUCCAUGACGGAGGCAAGCUACCUAAAUGGUGGUUUUAACACUAAAGGGUAAGGAGCACAUGUUUGCGUGCCUGACCUUAUAGUGUUCCUUUUUAAGGUAACUGCAUUACUUCUGAUACAGCAAGUGGUAUGGUUAUCAAAGUGGGUUUGCCACCCCAGCAUACAGUGAAGGGAAAAAAGUGUUUCAUCCCUUGCUGAUUUUGAAGGUUUGCCUGCUGACGAAGAAAUGAUCAUUUAUAACUUUUUUUUACCUUUUGUCGGCCGGUAAAACAAUGCUGCUUCUGAGAAACUGAAGUGUUUGCAUUUUGGCUUAAAGCUUCCUCUAGUGCGUGUCAGACAGCUGCUAGAGACUUUCUCCAGAAGACCGAUUAUGAGGCGGAAUGUAGCUAAAGCUUCUUGUAGAGACGCACUGAAUUCAAUACUUCUCUAUGCAAUCGCUGUUGGUAACUGGUAUCAGAAAUGACCCAUGGGAUCUGUAAUGAACCAUGAGCUCCUUCACUUAGCAGGGAUCCUGAUUGCGUACACCUUUAAAACUCAACAAGCCGAUGUGGUAAAAUAUUCACCAAUUUACAGUCCACCAGUACAGAAAGCAGAGAAUGCGUAUUUUGUGAGAAGACUGUAGUUGAUUUGUUGCAGAAUUUGGGGGGGUGAUUUUUUUUUUUGGCAAGCCUCGAAUAUAUUGCAUUACAGUUAUACAGGUGAUGAGACACACAUAAAUCACUACUGAGAGAUCUUCUGGAAAAUUCAGACAUUAAACUCCAACUGGUAGACCAAAAUCGUCAAGCUAUUAAAAAACCUUACUGAGUUGGAGAUUUUUUUUGAGUACGAUCAUUUUGACUUAAAACUUUAAAUCUGCCACAGUUCCCAGAUUUGCUUAUACCAUCGUGUGGUUGUUGGGUGGAAACAGAAGGAUUUUGUUGUAGCUAGCAAUUGAUCAAGCACUAAGCAAGCCCUCAUUUAUGAACACAUGGAAGAUCUUACUGAAAUCUUAUCACCAGGGGCUGUAUGUGUGAUUUUAUUUAUUUUUUUAUAUUUAUUUUGUUAUUGCCACUUGCAGGGCCUUUGCAUACUAAGCCAAAGAUUCUUAAAAGAUGACCCCUGCAUUUGUAUUGCAGGAGCCGAGAUAAAAACUAAAGAGAGGUAUAAUCUUGAAGCUAUCCCUUAUCGGUGCAUUCAAUUUAAUUUUUUUCCCACCAGGGCUGCCAUGAGCGUUUCAUACUUCAAUCACAUGCGAAAAAAGCAACAACAAAAAAGCAAGUCUUCAUACAAUGUUUCUUCACGCAGCUGUCUCUAAUUUUUAGAAAAGAUGAGAAUUGAUGAUGGAAGUUCUGCCUUUUGCCAACUUAAACUAUUUCAUUUAAUUUUCAAUACAAUCUAUGUGAGUGUUUCCUUAUACUCCAAAUGGAAUGCCCCUGUUUCAGCAGGGCCAGAUUAACAUAAGGGCUGAUGGAGCUGCAGCUCCAGGCCCAUGCUUAUGGAAUAGGCCCAUUGAUUAUUUUUUUUUUUUUACUACUCUUCACAUGCUCUUACUUAAGAGGUAUGUAGGGGGGAAAAUUGUGUGUGCUGGCUGACAAUAAAAUUAGUUAAGGUAAAUCUGACUUUGCGCACAAUGAAAAUACUCUUGCUGCUUUGGUCUCUCUAACACUGUGUCAUGUUCACUUUCUUCUACACUCAAUACAUACAACUUUUCUUUGUUAUACAGUCUGGGACAGAGAAAAGCUGUAUGUAUUGAGUGUAGAAGAAAGUGAACAUGACACAGUGUUAGAGAGACCGAAGCAGCAAGAGUAUUUUCAUAGUGCGCAAAGUCAGAUUUACCUUAACUAAUUUUAUUGUCAGCCAGCACACACAAUUUUUCUGCCUGCUAGUAAGGUUAGGAGAGGAGUGGACAAGUGAGUGCUACGGGACAGUCCUUGGAAAGCGUGGAGUGAGGGCAUCAUUAGGCGCAAUUAUGCCAAGAUCAGGCUGCUGUCUACAUAGUAUGCCCUUAGUUGGCCAGCCUGCAUGAUUGGCAGGCAGCCUGACAUGCAUUUACGCCAGGCUGGCCUUCCAAUUCUUCGGGCAGACAAAUCCUCUUCUUGGGCAUGUUCACCCCUGUGGGCGGUUCUAGUUACGUGAUUCGCAUCAGUGGCCCACCCUUUUACACUGUCCAUCGACAUUCUGCUUCACUGGACCUGCUGUUGGGGGUUGUGGAGUUACUUGAAAGUUGAAAGCAAGAGAUUUUCUUAUAACUGUUAUAACUCUCUUGUGAGUUUCCCUCCAGCACCACCUCUACCACAUACAUGACAUAUGGGAGCUAUGACUGUUUUAGUGUUUUUUGUCAAUAAGAUUCAGUAAUUAGGCCCAUCAUAAUUAUGAGCACCAGGCCCAAUGGGCUCUUAAUCUGGCCCUGCCUUUCAGACAAUUUGAACUUAAGCACCGUAAGAAAUUGGCUAGACAGUCAUUCGUCAUUGCUAAUGGAUUGUUUGUGUUCAAUUUAAAUGACUGAUCAUCAUGGCAGUGAUAGCAAUAUGUCUUGUAUGGCUAUCCACCAUAGUUCGGUUUACAGCAAAUACUUUACUAGCUUCUGGCAGAGAAGCCAUACAGCUGAGGACGCUUUAUAAAUACCAGAAAAAAAUAGUCUGCUACAUAACAUUCCAUUCAUAAUUCUUCCAACUUUGCUGGCAAAAUUAACAUGACCUACAAGGAACACUCAAGGCACUAUAACAACUACAGCCUGCUGUGGCAGUUAUGGUGCUAGGAAUGCUCUAGUACCCUACUAGAGUAAGUAGUCAAUCUGCUGAUUUAAAAAAAAAAAAAGGAACGGUUUGACCGCUUAUCUGCUGAAUGAAGAUCUGCCACAGAACUAGGACUGGCUUUACUCAUUGGCUUAUACUGUUAAGUUGACGUUCUCAGCCAAUGAGCCAGCCGUGUGCAACAGAGCUCAGCUCAAUGAAGCAAGCAAAAGCUCUUUGCAGGAGCUUUUUGGUAGUAGUGUUCCAUGUUGGGACCCAGGUAAUCUGUUAAACCUUUCUAAAACUACUUUACUGCUUACUUUGGUAGAACACCAGGGCACUCCUGGCACCAUAACCACUUCAGGGUACUUUAAUUUUGGUAUGCAAUGACAGGAAAAAAACGACCAUAUACACCCUUUGCCACAACACCGAUAUUGUAAAUUUGCUAAAACCUAAGUUUUACAGGUACAAACACUUAUUUCUUUGUUUUAGUUUAAUGAACCCAUUUUAGUAGACCUUUAUGGUAUUGCUUUAAAGACACAACACUUUCCUCCUCUAUGUGCUUUUUCCCAAUAUACAGUGGGAUUUAAAAAGGAUCUAUUCUUUAUUUUAACAUGUGCUCUUGCAACAUCUGUUGCUCUCAUUAAAGACCCAGACAAAAUUGUAGAGUAGCAAGACAAAAUCGCAUCAGGAACUUGAAACCCACUCCCAUAGUUUGCAUCCAGUAAGCAGGGACUGGCUUCCUUAAUAAAAAUAAUAAAACCAUUGUUAAUGUGUUUGUUUACACAGUGAGUUGAUAUGGAAUCUUCAUCUUACUGUCUUCAGUUUUUUUUCUAUUCCAAAGUAAUGCAUUUAUUUGUACGGGCUUUCAAUUCUAAGCAUAGUUUAUUUUAUGGUGAAUAUAAUAUAUUUAUUUAUUUUAGCAUACAAGCACUUGCUCCUUCAUUUUUUAUUUUUUUUAUUUUUUUUUUGUGGGGGGAGGGGUGAUUGAUUUAUUUUAAUGCCUUAUAUUAGUGGAAGGUUGUAAUCAUUUCCAUUUCCCCUCCCCUUUCUAUGCCACCACAAAAUGCGAGAUCGAUUUGUAAUGUUCCUAUAAAUUCCUCCUACCUUGGCUGUCUACGCCUCUUCACUUUUCCUUCCUUUUUGUAAUGGUUCAAAUGGAGUAAAAUGUGUGACCUAAAUAGGGUAACUGUAGGAAAGUUUUCCUCUCAUCUCGUAUCUCCUACACUCUAUUGUAUGCUUUCCUUAGAUGCUUGCUCCCGUGGAUCUUAUAUCACUGUGAUCUCAACAAUAGCUAUGGAAGAUAGAGCUAUUUAGUUCAAAUCAUGGGACAAUUAGUCCAGUAUUGCUUUAAUCCUGGAUUAGGGAUUCACGGUUCAAAAAUAAAUGGACUGGAUGAGGGCAUGGGAUGGUAUAUAAACAUAUUUAAAGUGAAAAUUGCAAAAGGCUGUACAUUUUAUAAUAUAAAUUCCUAUUUAUCCUCAUCAGUUAAGCUUUAAUUAGGGCAGGUAUGUAACCUGCAAAAUACAUUUUAUUUAUAACCUAUAAUAAAGUAACAUACUGUUUUACAGCUCACAUUACAGUAAAUGGGAGGUACACUAAGGGCAGUAGUUAUAUUUGCUACAACAUAUACUUAAAGGGACACUAUAGUCACCUUUAAUGUAGCCUUUUUAAUGUAAACUGUCUUUUCAGAGAAAAAGCAGUGUUUACAGUACUGCAUGGUAACACCUCUAUUGGCACUCAGACGGCUACUAGAGGUGCUUCCUAGGUCAGUGCUGCACAGUAUGUAGCUGACGUUCAGCGUCUCCGCACUGUGCAUGGAGACACAACGCUCCCCAUAGAGCUGCAAUGAUUCAGUGCAUCUCUUUGAGUAAAAGCUAAGUGGCGCAGCACAAUAUUUUGCUGCUCAUGCACAAUAGCCUCCCAUUUCUUUCCAAUGGGAUUGGAUUGGCCGUUAUCUUCAAAUUCGAUUAUCUCGGCCAUGGAGCGAGGAGGGGCCAGCUAUAGCAAGACCAGCAAAAUCACCUUUUUAGCUGAGGGCAAGGAAACAGGAACCUAAAUACCUAUUUUACCACUAUUGUGUCAUUAAUACAUGUUUGUGUUCCUCUAAGGAUAGAAUACUCAUGUUCUGCACAUUUAAACUCUAAAUUACGCUAACUGUUUUGCCCAGAUCCCUGCUACUCCUUCCACAUUAGCUACUUUAGUCAUUUUUCGUUUUAUGCAUAUACUGCACUCACAGACAGCUAAUAGUAAUCUGUAUCACUGAUGUAAUAGAAUUUACAUAAAUCUACACUCCAAGCGCUUAAGCAACACAUGAUCAUUGGAUAUGGUAUAGCGGUAGAAUGGUCCCUGUCACUGUCCCUGCACACAAUUCUAAAAAAAUAUGGCCAUAUAAACUGUUUUAUUCCAUGCUAUCUGUGUAAGACUGCCUCUUCAGUGACUAACAUCAAAGGAAGAAUUUUCACAUCCUUCUUUGCUGUCCAAAUCUGUACAACUUGUGCAUAUCUCAGCCUCCCAUAACCAGGGCUGUCAUAACAGCAUCACUGUGACCCUGCCUACACAACCACUCACAGGAUUAUAAAUGUAAAUUGAUAAAAUUAACCUCCAACAAAUACAAUACAUACAUACAAUACAUGCACAGAGACUGCGGAGUAAAUUCACAGAUUGCUGAAUAUACACACACACACACACACACACAGACUGCCAAGUACCAGGGCGCACACACACACAGAAUGCAUGAAUACACACACCCUGCUGAGUACCCAGACAUAGACUGCGGGGUAUGUAUAUAGACUUUUUAAACUCCACACCGACCUGAGAAGGCAGAUCAUAAGGCCAGCUCUACAUAGACCAGCAGGUGAAAGGCCCAUGGAUAAAGACAGCCCUGUCUGUAACUAUCUAUGACUGUGUCAAUGUGUGAGGUGAACACCGCGCCCUAUGGCUGAGAUCAGCUUCUUCAGAAUUUUCAGAAAAGUGCAUAUCUCACAAACAUUUAAUGAGCUGUAGGAUUAUGGGAAAAUGCUAGUCCUCUUAAACUGCAACGGGAGGCUCUCAUUCCGGUUCUGGAAGGGGUUCAGGACAAGAAAUUAUGAGGAGUAUCAUAGUAAAAGUUAUAUAUUGGGGCCAAAAACUGUCAAAUCCUAGUCUUCUAGACCGACCUCCACAUUACUUUCCACCACAAGACUGGAGGGUCCAUGGCACCCUAACCAGGGCUGAAUUGUCAGUGUCUAGGGUGCAAGUGGAAAUUCUCGUAUGUAUGCAUGUAUGUCUCUGUGUGUGCAUACUUAUCAAACCUACACAGCCCAGGUCUGGUUUCUGGUCACGGAUCCUUUUGGAUCAUAGUCCUUGGUUUGGUAAGUGUAAAAAAAAAAAAAAAAAAAAUACUUACCAAACCAUGGACUUCAUAACCAUCUGCAGAAAUGAAGUAUGGAGUCUGAAACACCAUGCCAGUCCGUGGUCUUUUGCAUGUCAAGCUGGGAACUCUUAAUUGUGGAAAUAUGAUCUAUCAAGUUUCUGAGCCCAAGAAGGACCUCUCAAAUUCCAACUUGAGAUGCAGGAGAUUCACAGCAAUUUAUAUUUCUUUGUCUAUCUAUCUAUCUAGCUAUAUAUAUAUUUUUUAUUUUUUUUUAAUAUUUGUUUUCUUUAAGCCUUGUCUUAAAUAAUUUUUCCCUUUUAAGGUUCAGUUUUCUCAGUGGCUGUUUUGGGAUUGUUCUGAACUAAAAUAUGAUUUAUUAUGUGCACGACUUUCUCUGUUAAUCCUAUUAGUGGGCUUCAAAUAUAGACACUGGGCGACUGGGCUGCGCAGUACUGGAUAGGAAUCAUCGUAGGAAGCUCUGUGACAGAUUUGAUGUGGAUUAAUGAGGGGAAGACUGAUUUGCAAACAAACUGCAGAGAAUAAGUAACCGCUAAAUCUUGGAUUGAUGAUUUUAUAGAAGCUGAAGAUGGCCAUCUGCAAGUAUUUCACAGAAGGAAUGACCCCAGUGAGGACACAGGAGGAGAGUCAGGGAUUAGUAAUGGAUAAUAAAAAUGUAUUCCCCACCCCUCCCCCAAUUGUUAAACAAAACUUAAACAAACCACUGAUAGGGUUAUUCACUUACUUGAGAAUACAUUGUGGUUUUGUUUUGUUUUUUUUGGGGGGGGGGUGGUUUUGUGGGGGGUGGGGGUUGAAGUGUGGAGUGUUUCUUUAAAGGCAAAAUAGUCUACUUGACAACAUAAGGGACUUGCAAAAUUUUUCUAAUUCAGCUAUUUUGGCCUGAAAUUUGAAAUGCAAUUUGAAUUCACUUUGCAUUGGGAGUGGUUAUCACGCAGUGGGGUGACAUAUUUUUUUUUUUUUUUUUAAAGUUUGCAUACACUUAUAUACUUUUUGUUUUGGAAUAUAUUUCAUUUAUCUGGCUCAAUUGCCAUUUAAUCUGUUACACUUGAUUUUUGCAGACCACCUAGUAUAAAACAAAAUAAUACUUUAGCUUAAGGAAGCAGUUUGGCUCAAUUCCCUGCCUUUUAGGAGUUAAAUCACAUUUUUUUUGUGUAUAUGCAGCCCAGGCCACACCCUUUUUAUUUCCUGCUGCCGAAAUAGAAUCACACAGUGCAGGAGAUAAUACAUUCUAAAUUAAACCGAAUGUGCUAUAAAGGAAGUAUAAUCAUUAAACAGAGUGUUUAGGAAGACUGUGCAAGUCACAUGCAGGGAGGUGUAACUAGGACACGCAGAGGAGCAGUUGAAUUAUGCAAAGACCCCAGACAGUGACAGAGCCAAUCAAAGGACCACUAUAGCCACCCAAACCACUUCAGCUCAAUGAAGUGGUCUGGGUGCCAAGUCCAUCUAGGGUUAAACCUGCAGCUGUAAACAUAGCAGUUUCAGAGAAACUAUGUUUACAUUAGGGUUAAUCCAGCCUCUAGUGGCUAUCUCAUUGACAGCCGCAAGAGGCGCUUCCGCGCUUCUCACUGUAAUUUUCACAGUGAGAAGACGCUGCCGUCCAUAGGAAAGCAUUGAGAAAUGCUUUCCUAUGGACUGAUUGAAUGCGCGCGCGGCUCUUGCUGCGUAUGCGCCUUCGGCGGAUGACGUCGGAAGAGGGAGGAGAGUCCCCAGCGUCGAGGAAGCCCGGCGCUGGAGAAAGGUAAGUGUUUAAUGCCUUAACCUCUCUUGAGCCCUGCAGGUGGGGGGACGACACUAUAGUGCCAGGAAAACGAGUUUGUUUUCCUGGCACUAUAGUGGUCCUUUAAGCUUGCUAGAGCCUGUAAUAACCUCGUGUGUGAAUGAAGGCUUAAUUAAUAGAGCAGGAGAUAAAAUCUUGUAAGGUAAAAAUACCAUAGUGUAAGUUCUUAAAAUUAGACUAUUUUAUUUUUGUGGAGGCUGUGUGAGUCACAUCCAGGGGAUGUGUGACUAGGGCUACCUAAACAACGUGAUUUAACUCGUAAAGGGCAGAUAAUUGAGCAGUGAGGCUGCAGGGUUAUGAUCUUUACACUAAAACUCUUCAUGAAGCUAAAGUUGUUUUGGUGCCCAUAGUUUCCCUUUAACCUUGAUAAACACCCUGGGGGGGGGGGACCUAUUAACACUAUAGUGCCAGGAAAACGAGUUUGUUUUCCUGGCACUAUAGUGGUCCUUUAAGCUUGCUAGAGCCUGUAAUAACCUCGUGUGUGAAUGAAGGCUUAAUUAAUAGAGCAGGAGAUAAAAUCUUGUAAGGUAAAAAUACCAUAGUGUAAGUUCUUAAAAUUAGACUAUUUUAUUUUUGUGGAGGCUGUGUGAGUCACAUCCAGGGGAUGUGUGACUAGGGCUACCUAAACAACGUGAUUUAACUCGUAAAGGGCAGAUAAUUGAGCAGUGAGGCUGCAGGGUUAUGAUCUUUACACUAAAACUCUUCAUGAAGCUAAAGUUGUUUUGGUGCCCAUAGUUUCCCUUUAACCUUGAUAAACACCCUGGCUGUCAAUCAAAAACCUGUCCUGUUGCGUAGUCGUUUAGCCCAGUGGAGCUAAACCAAUGAUACAGGCAAUUUCUCAGAGUACUUCUCUUGCAAAGGAAAUAAAAGAAGCACUGCCUGUCGGGGAAUCAAACCCCGGUCUCCCAUGUGACAGGCGGGGAUACUCCCUAGUAAACAAAUUAGACACAGAUAGAUAAAGAAGAGAAUUUAAGAGGUUACCCCCACAUUCCUUCAAAUGAGUAACCUUACACUAACAGUUUUUUAUAAAAAAAACAACAAAACAAAAACUUAGGGAUUAAAAGAUAUAGAAAAUCCUUAUAGAAAGAGGAGUAACCCGAAGAUAAAACUUAACUUUUAUAAAGUCCUUAAAAGACUAUAAAUCAAGUGAUGAUUUUACAAAUCCAUUAUAUAGAAGAGACAUUAAAAUAGUCUCUAUGUAGAAAUCUCCUAUAGUCCUAACCAAAUGAGGCUUGUAAGCAUAGGCUAUAAUAACCAUAGUAUAGAAACAUAAUAUUGAUACAAAUCUAUCUAAUCACACUGGUAAAUAUAAUAAAAAAGUAUCAAAACGUUAAUAGCAAGUAAACAGUAUACCCACAAAUAUGUAAUGAAGUGUGUUUAAUGUUGCAAAAACACACUCCUAUGUUAAUAACAAGGAGGGGAAAAAAGGGUAUAUGCAAACCUGUAUAAUCUAUUAGGAUAGGCGGAUAUAGCCAGAUAGGAGUUAAUCUAAGGAUAACCUUUAGCUGUAACUUUACUGCUGUGCCUUCAAGGGCACCCCUUAAAAAAGGUUCAUCUCCCACCAGGUCUAUAGUAGAGUAGCUAGGUCUAAAUAUAGAAAAGAAAUAGCAGGGAUAAAUAUUGGCUAGUACCCAAAGAAAAAAGGAAAACUAUUUUAAAUGUUAAAAACAAAAAUCACAGCUAGAAUAUCUGAAUGAGUAUAUGGUGUAUAUCUCCAUAGUGGUUUAGUGCUGCAGCAUCAUCCCAUGUCAUUAGAACACCAUUCAACUGAACCGUCCCGACACGCGUUUCGCCACUAGCUGGCUCUUCCAGGGAUACUCACCACUAUACUAAUGAGGAUGACCUGUGUAGCGAUGGCUCGCAGUCGCAACAAUAUUUUCGCCACAAGGGACUCAUUUGCCCCACACCAAAGGAAGGGAAAAAGGUCUAGAAAAGUAGCACUAUACUCGGAGGGCCUCCCCUCUUUCCAUAAUUGCGUGGUUGGGGAAGUCACAUUUAAGGGUACCCUCGGCAGACAAGGGCGCAGUUUCGUUCUGUCCUUUCUGGAGGUGAAACAAAGCUACGUGAAGCAAGCCAAAACACGCAGAGUCAAAUGUACAGACAAAUCUCUCAUUCGGUUUGGGAGGCCGCCUUCCCACUCUCAUUGUUCGAGCUAUCUCUCGCCCAAGCGGGAAAGAAUUUCUUCCACGUCAUAGAGACAGGCACAUCUCCCAGCAACUCUCUUGUAGGAUUUCCUCAAUCUGACUGUAGAUUUCUUCCUUUUCUUUUCUUUUUUUAUUUUCCCCUCCUAUUUCUCAAUCCUAACUCUGUAUGAAAUGAAGGCAGCUGGUCCUGGUGGAAGGGGAUCCCUGUGCAGUUUUCUUGUCCUUUGUAACCUUGCAAUGUAAAACAUUUCAGUUUACUUAGAAAUUACAACGUUUACAUUAAAGGGCCAAGUCCACCUCUAGUGGCUGUCAAUAUGAUAGCCACUAGAGAUGCCUCCACAGCACUGACCAAGUAAAGCUUGGUCACGUGGUCUGGAAGCGCCCAUAGGAAAACAUUAAUUCCAUGCUCUCCUUUGAUGACGUUUGUAUGCGCUAGCAGCACAUGCACAUAAGUUCCACAUUGCUCCACUAGGAGAUGCACUGGAUUGGACAUCGGUGGAUGAGGCAAUGCCUCGUCCGUUACAUUGCCGGAAGCGAAGAGAUAAGUAGCACAGAAGGAGUCCGAUGAAGAAAAGUUGACAUUUUUAAUUUUUUUAAAAUUAGAUUUAUUAUUUGAAAAUGAGUAGGAACAGGGACACUAUAGCGUUAAGAAUACAGAUUUAUAUUCCUAACGCCAUAGUGAUCCUUUAAAGUUGCAUUAGAAACAUUCAUUUUGCCUUUUCUAAAAUAAUAUUCUAAAAAUUCCAAAAACAGGGCAGGCAGAUUUUCCUAACCUAUGUACACGGAACAUUGUUUUUCUCAGUGUCUGAAGUGCAUAGCUUGAAUUAUUGAACAUCAGUCACUGCAGGUGAUCAAUACAGCAUGAUAAGCAGCUUUCAUUGCGGUCCUUUUAUAAUAUUUUACUCCUUUUGCCUCCUGCUAGGAGCUGUUGAGUUGUCAGGCAGUGCUGUGGCAUACAGAUAGAAAUAAAUGAGGAUCUAUACACACAGGUAGAAUGGUUAUCUAGAAAGCUUAAAGCAAUGCAGACACCGUUGUUUUUUUUUGUUUUUUUUUUUUUCAUCUAUUUUGUUGACUAGAUUAUAUUGCUCAUACUACUUGGGUUUUAUCACAGCUCUGUAUGCACAAAUCAUCAGGGGUACACUGUAAUCAAGAGUGCUUAGAUUCACAUUUUUAUGUAUAAAUCUAUGGCAGUGAUGUUCAAUGUAAUUACAAUUAGUUAUUGAGUGCCAACACAUUUCACAGCGCUGUAUUCUGAACACUGUAAACACUGCCUUGUCAGAGAAGGGAGUUUCCAGGGAGCCCAGGAGGAGGCCUGCUGCAGACCCCAGGUAAGUUACUACUGACAUUUGGGUGUCGCCAGGGCACUCCUAGCACCAUGACCACUACAGCAGUAUUAUUUAUUAUGCUGCUUGGAGUGUUACUUUUUUGUUUGUUUUUUUUUUGGUGGGCAACCGUUGCUAACCAAAAGUAAAGCAUUUGUAAGUGUGCUAGAAAUACAGAUGCCAGAUUUCUACAUUUAAGAGGUGAAGCGUACCUCAAGAAGCAUAAUAAAACCAGCUAGAAAUGCUAGGAAAACGUGACUGUCCGAGCUAAGAUGGGUAAAGAGGUGUGGGGGGGACUCUCCUACCACCAGACAGUGGCGGAUCCAGAAGCUAAUCUCGGGAGGGGCAAUGGCAGGUCAUUUUAAGAAACAAUCCAGGCACAAUAACCACUACGCACUUUUUAAAACACUCACAUUUUGGUGUUUCAUAUUUAACACCUAAGUUAAUCAAACCGCUUUUUAAUCUGAUAACUAAUUAAAUCAGCUGUAUGUAUAGUUACAUUUGUGUGAUCAUAUAAAGGACCCACUGAGUUGCCAUGGAAUUGCUAUAGUAACUGUCCUGUUGCUAAGUGGGUGGUAUUCUGCUGCCAUAGGUGAUGGUGAACAUCUAUGUGAAACAUAUUUCUGGAAUAACUCAUUAUCAUCUAACAAAAAGUAAAAAUACAUUUUUUUUUUUUUUAAAUUUUUUAUUUUUUAUUAAAUUUUUAUUAUUUUUAUAGUGCACCAGCAGUUUCCGCAGCACUGUACAAUAUAGAUAACCUAAAACAAGACCAUUGCAAACACUGAGCUCCAUACCAGUGCAAAAGAUUGGAUGAACCUUGUGUGAGCUUACAAUUUAGCAAUUGAAAUGACAAACGCAUCACACUUACAAUGUCCGAGCCAAUGCUCUGUCAUGAUUGAUUGCAUUUCUUUUUUUUUUGUUUGUUUGUUUUUUGCAUCCAAGAUAAAUAUUGCAGUAUCUAGCAGCUCUUUGUGUUUUUCUAUAUUGAUUUGCAUUUAUUAAGUGUUUUUGCAUGUUUUUAAGUUCUGCAUGAAGUUAAAGGAACACUAUUGCGCUAGGAAUAAAAAAAUUCAAAUUUAAAUAAAGUGUUCCUGUCCCUACUUGUAUUAAGGUCGUCAUCCCCUUUUUUGCCAUAAAAAAUUUACAAACCAGAAGUUUUACUUGCCUUUUUCCAGCUCCUAGGCUCACUCGGCGUUGCCUUAUCUGCAAUCUUCCAUUCCAAUGGUCCUCAUAGUGGAGAAUUGGAGACCUAAUGCGCAUGCGUGGCAAGCACAUUCAAGUUUCCCCGUUGGAGAGCAUUGGGAGGAUUUUUUUCAUUUUUUUUUUUUACAUUUUUAAUCUACUUGUCCAAAGUACCAAAGUGGUAGCCCAGUCUACUUGUCAUGAAAAAUACAAUUUCAAAUUGGAGCACCUGCUUAGAGUAUUGCACAAUGACAGGGGUAUUCACCAAACUUCAUAUUUUUGUGAACUAAAAGGACACUCCAGGCACCCAGACCACUUCUGCCCAUUGGAGUCUGGGUGCCAACUCCCACUACCCUUAACCCUGCAACUGUAAAUAUUGCAGUUUUCAUAAACUGCAAUAUUUACCUUGCAGGGUUAACUCCUCCUCUAGUGGCACUAGAGGGCACUUCCAGGUUUCUGGCACAGAUUUUCUGUGCUAUAGCGUCGCUGGACGUCCUCACGCUAUGUGAGGACCUCCAGCGUUGCUAAAAUCCCCAUAGGGAAGCACUGAAAGCAUUUUUCAAUGGUUUCCUAUGGGAAGGUCUAAUGCGCAUGCACGGCAUGCGCAUUAGGUCUCAACCCGGUGGCCGCGCAUGCGCAAUUGGUCUCCCCCACCGGAUGACGUGGGUGGACCCUGGACCAGCACCGAGGGACAUUGGUGCUGGACUCCGGUAAGUCACUGAAGGGGUUUAACCCCUUAAGGACACAUGACAGAAAUAUUCCAUCAUGAUUCCCUUUCAUUUUUAAAGUUGUGUCCUUAAGGGGUUAAACCUCUUCAGCAACCUGGGAUGGGGGGUGGGAGGGAGAGGGGACCUACAGUGCCAGGAAAACGGUUUGUUUCCCUGGCACUGGAGUGUCCCUUUAAAUCCAAAAAGAAAAACCUGAGGGAAAAAAAGCUGAUCUGAAAAAACUCUUCACAACCUUUACGUAGAAUUGUGCGAAUUUGUACAAAUUCAUAAUUUAGUUAAUAAUCUUGAGGGAUUAAAUGUCUCCCUAGUAGUCCAGCAGGGUUUAAAACUUCCAGGUGUCCCAGUGGAUGUUAAUUCUCCCUAGUGAUCCAAUGGGGUUUAAGUGGUGAAGCAGGGGAGCUAGUGGUCUGUGCUUCCAACAGGUGCAGACCUCAGUAGUUACUAACUUGCACUCUGAGCCAGAGUGCAGUCUGUGAAUCCUGGCGGCUGUGCCCCUCUACAGAGUAUGUGUGCAGUGUGUGCAUGCCGACUGUAUGUAGUAGUUUUGUGUGUGUUUAUGUGUGUGUGCCGAGCAUGUAUAUUAGUCUGUAUGUGUUGUGUGCAGCCUGUAUGUAAUGUGAGUGUGUGGGGUCUGCUGGCUGUGUGCAAUGUCUGUUUAAUGAUAGCUGGCUGUAUUAAGUGUAUUUGUCUGUGCUUUGCCCCCCUCCUACAUAACUUUAUGCAAAGAGUAGAGGAUUUGAUCUCUAGUGGUCCAGCAGGGGUUAAAUCUCCCCUGUGGUCCAGUGGGGGAGUGUGUUUUGUGCGCUUCUGGGUGGUGCAGACCACAAUAAUCACUCCCUCAUGGUUGGGCACUCAGUGAGUCAGAGUGCAUGCUGGGAAUCCAAAGGGCUGCACUCCGACUCAUUAGUGAGUGCAAUACUGCAAGGGAGUGAUUACUGUGUUCUGCACAUGCUGGAUGUGCAGACCAUAGCUCCCUGUUUCAGCACUUCACUUCUCCCAACCCCUGAUUUAUAUUGCUCCAAUGCAAUGCAAAACUUUUAACAAUGCACUGGCAAAAAUAAACCAAAUGGCAGAAACAGUUUGCCAUAAGUGAUCCAGAUGUAAAUGUUAGUUUUCUUCUGAUAAGCAAGUAAUCCAAUCAAAAUGAUGCUGUGAUUUUGAAUGUCACAAAGCUAUGUUUUUACUCCUUCACAUUUUGUUUCAAUCUGAUUGUCAUUUUACAGCUAAUUCAGAACUCCUUCACAUAAUGAAAGGCAGAUCAGGGAAGUCACAUGCAUUCUACCAGCAUAUUUGAACUUGAUCCAACAGACUAUUUUAUAAAAGCUUAUUAGACUUAAGGCAUUAAAGUCUGUUUACAAAAAAAAACAAACAAACCCACAACUACCCUGAUUAAAAAUAAAUAUAGACAUACGUGAGUUAAGUUGCCAGAAGGUAACUAAUGGACUACCAUGUCUUGUAUGGGCACAAGUGUCAUGCACUAAAAUUGAACAUUUAGAUGCACUUAAAAGAGAGCUUGUCAAUCAUUGUAUGAAGCGUUCCCCUUUACUAUCUGACUUGGAUUGUUUGGUUAGAUUGUAGAUAUUUAAAGGGGCAGUCUAAGCACCAUAGCCAUUGCAGCCCAUUGUAAUGGUUAUUUUGCUCGUAGGCCGGGGCUUCCAUCCUCUUUUUAUGUGUCAAACGGUAUGAAAAAACUGCGUGUUCCUAGCCCAAUGCUUGUGCAUUGGUAAUGAGAAAUGUACACUUCUGCAAUAUCAAUGUUGUUUAUAUUUAAGAGGCACUGAUUGGCGGAGUGCAUCAACUGGCACUCUGGUUACCACGGCUGGCCAGAUAACUAAAUUAAUUUUGUGAAGGGCUGCUGAAAAGGUUUGACAAAGCACCAGAGUAAUGUGCAAGUGGAAUAUGGGGGAACUUGUCAGCUCCCCCUUUAUUGGAUUAAAGACUAGGCAGCAAUAGCAGCUUGGUGGGUGGGGAAUCGGGGAUUAUUUCAAUCUCCCUUUCUCUAAUAUGGGGUUCAUAUUGACCCCAUGUAGGCUUAAUUUAUUUUAUCCCUCACCUGCUGCAUUUUCUGAGGGGAGGCUGGCAUUUAGGAAUCUAUAGGGAGCAGAGCUCUUUGCCACUUCUGUUUUUAAAUGAUUACCUAGAGGAAGCCGGUAGCUCCCUGCUUGUUAUUAAACAAAUAAACUACGUGCUUGAACGAAAUUUUGUCCCACAAGAAAUUUGGUCAUACUUUAAUUAUGUUUUGUGUUCGGCCAUUUUGCAAGGGAUGAAAUGCCUGAAAUUCAUAUUUGUCCUAAAAGUGCCGAAGUCUACUGUUGACCUUUAACGAUACUCAGGAAUGUUACUGUACUAUGUUUUUAUUUGCAUAGUAUGAUUACAUAGCUAUGGCUCGUUUGUUGUAUAUUUUGCUUAAACACAGAAAAAAAGUAAUGGUUGUCAUGGGCAAAGUAGGUGUAAAGGAGUUUGGCAUACUUUUCUUUUGUUCUUUAAUAUAGGCAGCAAAGGAGUAUAUUAAAGAGACACUCUAAGCACCAGAACCAAUGCAAGUUAGUGUUCUGGUUUUGGAACAAAGAAAUUGUACCUGCAGUCUUAGAAGUGUAAAUACUUCUGCCAAAGGCCACAUUUAGCAGCUGCCACUCAGACUAGAGGGGCUUCUUGCUGCGUCUCUAUUGACCCGUUUCCACUGAGCGGGUCGGUACGGUCUGGUGCACUAUUUUGAUUGUACCAUCCAUUAUGAAAGUGGCCCAUACAACCAAACCAAACCGCACCAUUCCUGGGCCCCCUUCAGAUGUAGGUCCAUAGGAAAUGGUACGGUUAGGGCGGAGCUACUGGUGUCACACUAUACAAUCCAUUGAUUGGCGGACAGGAAAGCGUCAAUGCUCACGACAAAUGACACGCUAGGCAUUUGGUCUAAACCCCGCAUGCCCCUUGCAGUCCGACUUGCAGUGGAAACUCUCACCUAAAUAGGCUGGACCAUUCUAACCCUUCCAAACCGUACCGACCCAAACCAUACCGUUCAGUGGAAAUGAGGCAUUUGAGACCAUCUGCCUUUAGUCACUGUCAGAGUGACCGCCAUUAGAGGCAUUUAAACCCUGCACUGUCAACGUUGCCCAGUUAAAGACACACAUGGCACCCAGACCACUUCGGUUUGGGUACCUCUAGUGUACUUUUAAGCUGAAGUUGUUUUGACGCAUAGAGUGUCCCUAAAAAGAGAGAAAAAUAUCUAGAUGGAUAUCUGUAUAUAUGGAUGGAACAUAAACCUAGAAGUCCUAGGAUACGGUCUCAUAAGUAAUUCUACCACAUUAGUUGUUGACACAAGCUUGUGCAGGGUGUGUACACAGAAAAGAUUAUUAUAUAGCAAGCGCUCAACUGUUAGGGUUAUUCCGUAUAGCAUGCACAUAUUUGAAAUAGGGUGUUAAAUAGGAAAGAAACCUGGUACACACAAGGUCUAUAAAUGCCAUAUAUAUAAAACAUAACCAAAUGAUGCAAAAGUUAAACUAUAUUCACAUGACAUGUAGUCACAAACAUUCAAGAACAAAGUGCAUACAGAUAAAGUGCAUGACAAUAAUAGUACACCAAUACCAAAUAUAUACCAAUCAUGUAUACUGAUCCAAAGCUGGAAACACACAGAAACCCACAAUGUUCCUUCUUCAGGGUUUUUCCUUUUUUUUUUGCUUAUACGUUUCCCCCCACUAAAACCUGAAACUUGAUACAUUUGCCCUUCUACAGUCACCCAAUUAUGGUGGAUUGCAGGCUGACAAGUUUGUGCUGAAAUACCUUAAUAUAAUGCUGACAGUUGCGUGCCAAAAUGCGAUUUACAAAGAAUGCAUCAUUGUUACAAUGGCAACUGCUUAUAAAAUAUAGGAUCCCCUGACAGCAAGGGAUUGACCACCAGUAAUUUUAUGAACCCGGUUGCACUGCCCAGAAAAAAGAGAUGGUAAAACAGAGUUGAGCUGACGACAGUACCAAAUAUAUUAAUAGUAAUUAUUAGAAGCACUUGCUCCACAACCGAAGUAGUUUCUAUUUGGAUAGGUACUCCUUUCACAAUUUCUAGGUGCCUAACACCAACCCCCAUAUUUUUUAUUUUUUUUUACUACAAUGAUGGGGCGGGUACUUUAUGUCCCAAUCCCCCCCUUUAUUCAUAACCCUUAUUUACAUUGCAUUACAAAGCAAACAGUGGAUUUAAGAGCCAUGACAUGAACAGGGACAGUGCAUUGCAUGAACGCAACCGCUACAAUCGAAUUCAUUAUUUGUGCCUGGUUUGCUCCUUUGCUCAAAUGAACGUACCAAACCAACCUUAGUACUUUUUUCAGCGUGUCUGCUUGAUAUUAAACUGUAAAACUUAUUUUAUUACUAAAGUACACCGAUUCUUAUCAUUCUGAUAAGAUUACAGAAGCUUAACAGCUCUUUAGUACUAUUCAGGCACAUUCAUAUAAAGUAAUCUUUGUUGUGGUAUUUCAAGCCUUGCUAUACUUUUUAUGAGAGAACGCAGAAAAUCAGAAUGUGGGUUGAAAUACACAGAUUUUCUACCUGCAAAAGCCACUCUUUGUUAAAAGUGCUUUGAAUGAAAAAUGUAACAAAAACUCAUGUGCUUGUAUUAACACUGAAUUAUUAUUAUUUUUUUUAAUGGAUACGUAGGUAUUUGCACUAUGAAAGGUUGUUCUUAUCUUAUUUGUAUAAAGUAGUAUAAUUCUCCUUUCACACAGGUUCCAAAAAUAGAAAACCUGCUAGCAAAUAUACAAUUUGUGUAAUCUACAACAUGAGUAACAAAAUGUAAAAUGGCCAAAUCUUAGGUUACAGUUACAUUUAUGACUGCAUACUGAUACUAUGCCCAUUACAGAUGCCUUGCUAGAACAGUCAUUAUCUGUGUUGUAAAGGGCAUUGCUUAUUAUUAUUGUACCAACCCUAAUGUGCCUCCAUGUCCUCCCUAGCUCGAUCCUCCCCACACAGAAAUUAAGGAACCUUGUGGACAAUGCCAUCUGUACAGUGCAAGGAUUUGACAAAACAUGCUGUCUUGCUGACCGAUGUAGUGGUUUUCUCAGCUGGGUCACAAUUGGCACUGUUGCUAAGAUUAAAGAAUUUUUUUCUUUAGAAAUGUACAUUUAAAAAAAUAUAUAUAUAUUAUAUUCUUCAAACACAUAGUUUUGGACUUGUAAAUCACCCAGCACAGAAUAUUGGAUACAAUAUCUUUAUAUAUUCAGGUUAAUCUACAGAUUUUACCUUUUCUAGAUGGCCUUGUGUUCUGCUACAUGUCUGAUUGAACAAUGCCUUUAGCAGUAUACAUAGAAACGUACUAAAAUGCUCACCAAGUGUGGGAUCAAUCACAAUCUGUCACUGGAAUAAGGGCUGACAAUGAGCCAUCAAUGUACACUGACCAAUAAAUCUUAGAAUGGCUUUCUUGCAACAAACUUACCUUUCGCUUAAUAUUUUCUUUUCUCUUCUGGUUUCUGAAUUUUUUCUUCUUUUCUUAAUUUCUGUUCUAUUUCUCUUUAAAACAUGAGACAAAAUAGUGAUUACUUUGUUUCAUGUAAUUUUCUUAUUCUUGACAAAGUGGGGAGCUUAAAUGGACACUCCAGGCACCCAGACCACUUUUGCCCAUUGGAGUGGUCUGGGUGCCAACUCCCACCUCCCUUAACCCUGCAAGUGUAAGUGUAAGUUUUUAACCCCUCCACCAACAUGGGAUGGGGGCCUGAGAGUCCCUAUAAGGCAAGAUCUACUUCCUUUGACCAGAUAGUAAAAGUGCCUCUUUAAACGAAUACUCUCGGCACCAAAACAACUUUAGCUUAAUGCAACCGUUUUGGUGUAUAGAUCAUGCCCCUGCAUUCUCACUGCUCAAUUCUCAGCCAUUUUGGAGUUAAAUCACUUUAUUUGUGCAGCCUUAGUCACACCUCCCUGCAUGUGACUUGCACAGCCUUCCUAAACACUUCCUUUAAGGUGAUAUCUAAUGUUUACACUUCCUUUAUUGCAAAGUCAAAUCACUUUUGUUUGUUUAUGCGGCCCUAGCCACAUCUGCCCUGGCGCAUAAACAAACAUACACACUGUUUAAUUUUAGAUCUUAAAGCACAGUUUGUUUACUUUAGAUGUUCGUAUCUCCUAUGCUGUUAAUUGAAUGUUAAUCCAACACAGGAGGCUGUUGCAAACUAUUAACAGAGGAGGAGAUAAAUUCUAAAUUAAACAAACUGUUCAAAUACCUAUUCAUCUGUCUGUUUUCCCAGUCAUCUGUCCAUAAUCAGUUCAUCCAUCCACAUAUUACACUAUAUAUUGUUCUCUUUAAGAUUUUAUACAUGUUACAAAAAUUUAAUUUCCACCUGUUCAGUUCCAAUGAGCUACGCUACAAAAGAACUACAUUUUAGCCAAAUAUUGUUUAUAAACGAAAUGUACAAAACAAAUUUACCACCCCGGUUUUAUUUUUAUUUUCUUAUGAUUAUGUUUAAGGUUGUAAUUUAAUAUCUAUCUCCGCUUUUUCCCUAGAUCUGUAUCCUGAGCCAACUCUUCAGCUAAAUAUGAGUGACAAAGAUGGGAAUGCUGACAGCUUGUUUCUGAAGGAGGAUUUGGACAAAAGUUUAAGCCCUGAGGGUCGAGUGCACAACUGGCAGCAUGGUAUGCGGAAGAGAGCCUCGCGUGCCGGGAAGCACAUCCGUGAGAUGACCUUGGGCAGCUUCCGUGGCUUUUUGUGCCGUAAUGCAUUUGUAAUAUUGACCAUAGCGGCUGUAAUCCUGGGUAUGUAAUUGUGGAUGUGAUGUGUAACCUUACGUGGAGGUUCACCAUUAGCUGCUCGUAUCCUGAGUGCUGUCUUUAAACACUCACUGUGCUACUUUUAUUUUUCAGUUAAAACCGUCAAUAUAAUGCAUAUUCUGAACAUGAGUCUAAUAAACAAAGCAAAUUGCAAUGAAUUUCACAUAAGCCAUUGCAGUGUACUUUGGCAACAGAAAUAUCUGAAUACCCUACUUCCAGAGUAGGGAGCUAAAACCUGAGUCAGCCAGUGAGCUAAAACUUGCGUAAGCCAGGCAGGACUAUAGUGCGAGAGUCUUAAUACUUAAACAGCUAAAAAUACAAUAUUUGGGUUCCGCUGCUCUCCUACAACACUAUAAUGGUGGUCCGGUAUUUGAAUACUUAUGUUCCCAAAGCACGCUGCUAUGGCAAUGUUAUUUUAUUUUUUUCAAUCUAGUUUUUCUUUUUUUAUAUCCUGGAAUAAUGGAGAAACAUAAUCAACAAUAUAUCUUUAAUCAUUGAGUAUAUAGUAUCCUAUUGUAGGCUCCUGGGUUGUAUGAGUUAACAAAUAUUUUACUGUGUAAUAAAUCUCCCCAGUGUUUCUAACCGUUCCUGCAUUGAUGUUCUUUCUUAUCCUCCUGUAGGUAUUGUGUUGGCCUUUGCAUUGCGACCCUAUAAAAUGACCUAUCGCCAGAUUAAGUACUUUUCCUUUCCGGGUGAGCUACUCAUGAGGAUGCUGCAGAUGUUGGUUUUGCCUCUGAUAGUGUCCAGUUUGGUGACCGGUAAGAUAUGGGUCUCAUUGGAGAGCCUAAUUAAAACAUCACCACUUGUCAAGAUUUCUUGAUGUUUCACAUACAAAGUUACUUAAAAGCGAGAAUUAAAGUUGGUUAUGCUUCCAUUUUGGCUACUUUAGCCUCAAAUUUGGAAUUUACUUUAAUUCUCACUUUAGAGAAUAGCCAUGUUCAGGGGAGGGCUGUCAGCCUUAGGCCUGGGGGGCAAAUCCAGUCAAUUGGCCAAUUGCACCAAGAGAAGAGUACAAACACCUUUCCCAUGUGAAUGAAAGGGUGGGGAAUUAACCUAAACACACACACCCACUGACAGACCCACACAUACUGUUACAGACCCACACACACACACAGGCAUACUGGCUGACACACACACACACACACACACAUACUGACACAAACUUUACACUUUUAAAGUCAGUGGCCAGGGACUGAGUAAGGGGACAGGGCUGUAAAAGGGGGCUAAGGGUGGACAGGGGCUGUAGUGGAGGGUAUGAGCUGUAAUUGAGGGGUUAAGAAAUUGUAGUGGGGAGAUAGGGGCUGAAGUAGGUUGAUGGCUACAAUUUGGGAAAGGGGCUGUAGUGUGGGUGAUAUGGAUUGCAAUUGGGGGGUGACAUGGGGCUGAGGAGGGGGGACAAGAGCUGAGAGGUGUGGGGGCAUGAGCUGAGAGGGGUGGGGGCAGGAGCUGAGAGGGGGAUAAAAAAAAAAAAAAAAACUAAAGUGUAUGUCUUCCUCCCUGAGUCUUACCUUAGGCGAGGGAGGGAUGGUCAGGAGCAGCAGCCAGUGAAGUCGGCCUCUCCUGAAGAUGUCAGGAGGAGGGGGCGUGACUUCCUCUGCUCUUCUGCCAGACUCCCCAGCGGUCCUGGGAGAAGAGCAGUGAAAGUCACUCCCCCUCUUACUGACAUCAUCAUGAGAGGCCGGCCGACUUCACUGACUGCAGGGACAGAGGUUAGUUAAAAAAUCAGAGUCCCCAGCCAGAGGCAGGGCCGGAGCCAGAGGCAGGGGAUUUUGAUUUUUUUCCCUUUUCUUGCUGGAUGCAGACUGCCCUGGAUUUAGGGUGGCCUGGGGGGCAAUUGCCUCCCUGCCCCCCUGUCCCAGCCCGCCCCUGGCCCUGUUGAUUUUCAGUCUUGAGAAAACUGAUUUCAUGAUAUCUGCUCUUAAAUGAUGCGAGAACCAACCACCACAGGUCAUUGUAUAGCCUACAUACAGAGAAGGAAAAUGUGUUAUUGUAGUAAGUUUGACCUCCCAUGAUUUGUGUUGGUGUGUGUGUAUAUAGGGGACAUUUUUAUUUUUUAAGGCUAUGGUGACUUCUUGCAGGUAUGGCAGCAUUGGACAGCAAAGCGUCAGGCAAAAUGGGCUUACGAGCUGUUGUAUACUAUACCGUGACCACAUUUAUAGCCGUCUUCAUCGGCAUUGUCAUGGUGAUCAUCAUCCACCCGGGUAAAGGUACCAAGGAGAACAUGGCUGCCGAGGGAAAAAUAGAGAGAGUUCAAGCAACUGAUGCUAUACUAGACUUAAUAAGGUGAGUCAGUAGAAAUCCACACUGUUUCUAAUUUAAACCAAUUUUAACUUGAUGUUUUUCCUAGCUAGUCCAUGAUACAGUCUCUCAUUUGCCCUCUCUGGGUACUACUUUUGAAAAUGCCUUCUCACUCCUCACAUCAAUCAGUUUCUAAAUUUCAAUGGAUAUGAUAUUAAAAUAUAGCUAACAUUUCCCCAUUUAAAAAAUAAAAAUAAAAAAAUUAACCCCUAUAUGCAUAUCUGUCAGUAAUGGUAAAUGGAUGAGACAGCGCUGGUCAACUUAUAGGCAGCAACCUUUAAAGGGGGAUCCCUCAAAAACCCUUUAAAACAAGAUAAAUAAAAGUAACAGAUAAGAAAGGCUGCGCCACAUAAAAUAUUAAAAGAAGACAGAGUCCAAGUAGUAAAAAGUCCAAUUUGUAUAUCCUUACGAAUAAACUUUUUAGGAGGCUGGUACUGUGGUAGGGUCUUCAGAUAUAGUGGUAUAUAGAAAGAAAAACAGUGCAAUAUGUAUAGCUCAGAUAUUGAUGUGUUAAAAAAAACAAUGGUAGCGAACUCACAUUUACAAGAGCUUAUAUCCAGCUCUAGGGUAAAGCACGUACAGCGGUAUAAUCCCCGCUUGUAGGAUAUAUGGUGGGUACCUCUCCGUCAGUGGUGUCCGGUUCUCAGGAAAGAAGAAACAGCCAAUAGUGCUCACUGUAUAGUAAUGUUGAAAUGAUGGAAACAAUUUGCCAGAGCAGACAAACUGCUCUAUGGAUAGGGUGUGGGUGGAAUAAUCCCCACCUAAGGAUUUCUUAAGUAGUUCUUGCUGGGAGUAAAAUCAGGAUACCAAGCAAUAAAAUAAUAAUAACGGAGUAAAAAGAGCAAAAUGGUACACUCAGUGUAAAAGUAGCCAAAAUACCUUGAUUAACACAGUAGUAAAACAAAUUAAAAGUCCACAACACUUUUUGCCACAAGGGGCUUCUGUCAGUGUAUUAAAUGUGCAACUUUCUUAAAUCUUAUACAUUUUAAACUUUUAUACCGUAAAAAAAAUAAAGAAUUAAAAAAUAUAUAGCUGACCUUUAACCCUUACAUUCACAAAUCUAACAAAGUGUUUGUUCUUGCCUUCAGCAUCCCCGUACUUGAUUAUGAGAUCACAUUGUAUACCGGUCUAAUGCUGAAAAUUGGCGGUGUCCUUACCUACUACGUACAAACUAUUUAAAGCUUAAAAUGAUGACACUUGGCAGCUUUUUAUCUCUUUCUAAUUUAAACCCACCCAAUUAUUUUAUUUUAAACCGUGCACUUUUACUCCUGGAGUGCAAUGCCACUAUAUACAAUUUUCCUUCUUUAGUUUGCAUCAUCCUGCCUUUUUAAAUAAAAACUUCUAAUUUAAUUUCUUUGAUCGUGUGGCUGAGCUUUUAGAAUGAUGCUUUAGCUGGUUAACUUUUCCUAAGGAAGGCAAUGUUAUGGGUGUACUGAAUACUGUUCUGCUAUCACAAUGGGGAAAAGCUGCCUUUAUUUCCAUCAGCUAAAUGUUAACAGAAUCAAUAUCCUGACUUGACUUGAGCUUCCAGCUGAUCUCUUCCUGCUGAGCAACGUAUUUUAAUGGGCAGUUAAUUCUGGAGUCCUAUUUACCUACUUAAUCACAUGUAUAUUUAACUCCUUGUGCAACAUGGUCUCCAGUUGCUAAGCCAGUCUGUAGAGGACCUCCCUUAUCUGUCUUAGAUGGGAUACAUUUUCAUAGAGUUCUGAUACAUCAUGUUGAAUUGGCAGGCUAACUGCCGAUAAUAUUGUUGCAUAUGAUCUUCUUUUACACUCGUUUUGUUUUUAUUAAAGGAACAUGUUCCCUCCAAACUUAGUGGAAGCCUGCUUCAAACAGGUGAGUGCAUGACAUGUGUGUCUAUAUGUAUCAGGGAUGUGGACCUCUGAUAGGUGGAGAGUUGGCCUGGCCAAACCAAAAAUGCGUAAGGAGAACCCGUAACAAGGGCCAGGUGCAGCUCACAGGGAGUUGUGAGGAAUGGAAGCAACCAAGCGCUACUCACAAUGCUCAGAACUCAUGGCUGCCGGGAUUCAGCAUUGCGUCAUUUCCCGGAUGGUCAGUAUGCUGUAUAGUGCAGAGAGCUUGGGACAGACUGCACUCUAGACGACACCCAAACAGCUGCUAGUAACCCGUGCUGUGUGUGAAUGUCAGAGAAUGUGUGGAUUGUGCCUGUAUGGGUCAUUGUGUGUGUGUGUGUGUGUGUGUUGGUGGAUGUGUAUCAGUGUUCCACAACCACAUAGAGCCACUGCUUGCACACAUCACGAACAGUCAGCACAUGUACUCAUCGCAUAUACCCAGCACACAUGGAAUACACACAUCACAUACUUUCAGCACGUGCACUGCUCUCACACAUCACAUACUUCUAGCACGUGCACACAUUACAUACAGCCAGAAAAGACUGCUCUCAGACAGCACAUACAGCCAGCACUUACCGCACACAGAUGACACAUCAAGAACACUAUGGACAAAAAUAAACUAUGGGAGGGCAGACGGUAAGAUACUCAGGGUAAUUCGCAAGACUCUGAAUUUUUACAAAAUGAAUCCAAGUGGCAUAACGGAGGCAAAAAAAGCCAUGUUGUGACUACAGCAGAGUUAGAGAAUGUUGGCACGUUAGCUAUUUUUGCCUCCAUUUUUUCUAUACAGAAUUAUUCUGUGAAAAUUUAGCAAAUAACUGCCAAUGGCCAGUGCUCUUCGGGGGCCCCAAUCUUGUUUUGUUUUUUUGUUUUUUACUGAAAUUAUUGUGUCAGGACAAGUAGAUUGUCAUGAUGGACAAGUAGAUGGGGCUAUCAAGUCCCUUGGAGAAGUAGAUAUCUUUUUUCCACGUUUCCACACCCCUGUGUAUAUCAGUUUGCAUUCGGUAGAAGUUUUUCCUAAUUAUCUAUCAUUUUGUUUUUUCUCAUUACCUUAUCUUCUUCCACUUUUUAAAUAAUUUCAUUGAUAGGUUCUGGUCAUAUAAAUCAUUGUAUAACUUGUUAAAUCAUGCCCAGUUUUUUUUACAGCUUGCUGGGUUGGCCUCUUUAGGCAACCUCUGUCUUUUUACCUUCUGCAACAUACAAGACCCAUCAUGUUCUGACAAUUAUGUGGGAUGGGGAAAAAUGAAGACUUUAUUUUUGCCCACUAGCUCAGUUUCAAAUUGUUUCAUAUGUACAAUCCUUCUCUCUUUGCCCACUUUUAUCUUUCCAGUUUUAAAUGGUGGAACUUUAAUCUGGCUAAGUGCCUUGCCAUUGGAAACCUCCACCACUAAGUUAGUUGUCACUAAGAACUCUCCGUUCAUUUAUUAAUCUAUUUUUACAUUUAUUUAUUUUUUACAUUUUAUUUUUUAUUUUUUUUGUAUCCACUGUUCAAUGCUGAAUAUUGAAGGAUCAAAGGAAGAAAUGUUAGAAAAGAACAGUGUAACUCAUACCAUUAAAGUAACAAGGCGAAAUACAAUAAACAAGAUAAAAUACCAGUCAAGCUGAGGUGAUGAAAAACCUAUUUUUACCAUUUGUCUGCACAAUUAAAGGAACACUAUAGGGUCAGGAACACAAAUGUGUAUUCCUGACACUAUAUCGUGAAAAAUACAUUUUACCCCCCAGUUCACCCUUCCUCACUUUAAAUAACUAAAAAACUUACCUUUAUUUCAGUGCAGCACAGGUCUGUUUUUGCUGGCUCCGCCCCUGAUCUGCCAUCAUCACAAUUGACGAUCUCAGACAAUCCAAUGCUUUCUGAUUUCUCAUUAGAUUGGCUGAGAUUGUAAAUUCUAAUGAUCUCAGCCAAGGAGGCGGGGCAGGGGCAAAGCCAAACGCUGCUCUGGCUAAUCCACAUCUCCUCAGCUGCAUUGAACCAAUUAUUCUCUAUGGAGAAAGUUCACCGUCUGAGUGAUUGCCACUAGAGGCAGCAAUGUAAACACCUGAAAAUCUUGCAAGGACAUACUUAUACUCACCAGAAAAACUACAUUAAGCUGUAGUUGUUCUGGUGACUAGUGCCCCUUUAAGCUAUGUUGAAAUCUUUGUGCCUUGUCCUCCUGGUCCCAGCUAUAUACUGCAGUGAGAUUGAUUUUAUGACCAAUCUUUAUAUAACUUUGAAGACUGCAAACAUUGUGGCAGUAAUUAAGAUUUUCUCAUAUAACUCACAUUCAUAGAGUCCUGUUCUUCAUGUACACAAUGUAUAAAAAGACAAUAAAAACGCUGCCUGUUGAGAGAUUUAUUUAUUUAUUUAUAAUUCAUUUAUUCACCUGCAAAUCCAAUGUUUGAUACAGGUCACUGCAAAUAGUGGUUAAUUGUGUAUAGAUUUUAAAGAUGUUUUGAAGGUUGGUAUUAUAUAGCUUUGGAGAAAUAUAUUAUUGUUCUAUUCUAAAAAUUUUCUAUAUUAUUACAAGUGAAAGUUGUCUGUUUUUGUUUUUUGUUUUUAAUUAAAGGGACACUAUAUAGUCACCAGAACAGCUUAAUGAAACAGUUGUGUAUAGAUCAUGUCCCAGCAGUCUUACUGCUCCGUUCUCUACAUUGAGGAGCUAAAUCACUUUUGUUUCUGUCCAUGCGGCCCUAGCCACACCUCCCCUGGUGACUCACACAGCUUAAAUGAAAAAAUAAAUGGUUUCCUUUUUAACUUACUUUAGAAGCGUGUAUCUCCUUCUCUGUAAAUUUAACUUUGAUCAUACACUAGAGGCUAGUGCAAGAUAUAGCAAGCUAUUAACAGAGCAGGAGAUACAUUAAACAGAAUUUACAAUAAAGGAAGUGUAAACAUUAGGUGUCACUUUACAGGAAGUGUUUUUUAUACAGGAUGUGCAAGUAACAUGCUGGGAGGCGUGACUACGGCUGCAUAAACAAAGUGACUUAACUCCAAAAUGGCAGCAAAUUGAGCAGUGAGACUGCAGGGGACAUGAUCUAUACACCAAAACUACUUAAUUAAGCUAAAAUUGUUUUGGUGACCAUAGUGUCCCUUUAAUUGUUUUAAGAAGAAUAUCAAAAGGAAUAUUAAGUUCCUAACAUAUUACAGUAUAUAGCUAUAACAUAGAGUAAGAUCAAAGUGCCAAACUGAGAAAAGAAGGUGACGAUGUAUGUUAAGGAGUAUAAUAAUGCUCAGUGGCAAUCUCUCUGUUUAGUAUUUCAUGAACAUAUUCAUCCUUUCAAAGACGCAGCACAGCAAGCUUUGGAUGAAGAGUUGAGAACUGUUACACGCAGGUAAACUAGGCAUACAGCUCUCAACCUACCAUAGGUUUGAAACAAAAAAAAUAAUAAAAUUUAUCACAGUAUUGGAAUGUUUGUUUAGUAGGUGGCUAUUGCCCUCUUCAUAGUGUUUCACAUUCUUAUUCUACUGGUAUUUAUCUUAAUAUGUGCACCUUUGUGUGUGUCCUUCAAAUUAUUACCAAGUGAUAUUGACCCCUUUAUCCAUAUUACAUUCCAUCUGUAAAUGACUAUACAAUGGAGUGUAUGCGCUUGGUCUCAUAUUAAUAUACAGUCACAUAUCAAAUGAAAAAACAUUUACUCUUUAACAUUUUGUUUCUGCUGGUCCGUUUUAUUUCAAAAACCACUUUUAAAGAACUAAAAGGAAACCGUUGCCUCAAAUCUAUUUUUAAUAUAAUGAUUUCUUCAGGUGUUGAAAGGAAAUAGAUUUUUUUUUUUUUUUUUUUUAAAAAAAAAAAAAGCAUCACUGUUUGUAACUUUCGGUUACUGUAAAAGAUUUUGACCAACUCUGGUGUUGUACCACCCAGACUUGAUGAUGUUUUUUUUUGUUUUUUUUUUUUGUUGUUUUUUUUAAUGUAAGUGUAACGGAGCUCCCUGUACUCCUGGCUCGGUAUCUCUGCCAAGGACCACUUCCUAGCUGGAACAGGGGACAAACCACAGCACUUCUGCCCACAGUCGCCUCGGCUGGACUGGGGUCCUGGAACCGCGCUCUCCUGGAGCCGAAUGGAGAAUUCGCACUAGACAACCCCAGGCACUGGACAACACUCAGUCCUGGGAGCUCUCCUUACAAGGACUUUCCCCAUUGAAUCCUCCUCACUGGAACAGUGAUCAGUGAUUAGCUUUUUCCCCUCCUAGUAACCAGAUGACACAUAGUUCUGGGUGUACAAGCUGGAAUGCUUUAAUCUGGCCAGAUAGCCUGCUUUUAUACAUAUUCGACACAGUCAAACACGCCCAUAACACUCCCACACAAAACUGGAUUAUCCCCCCUCCCUUGUGCCUGAGAGAUAAUUACCUGCGCACACAAACCUAUAAUUGAAUCAUCUCUCAGUACAGAAACAGGCAACAUAACAAAACCCCAAUAAUACCCCUAAAACACUUAAAACAAACGUUACAUCCCCUGAUAGCCCUGAUUUGGGUGACCAACAUAUACAAAACUCACCCAGAUCAGUUCAGGGGUUCGGGAUUUUCUUGGAAGUCAUAAUUUUGACCGACCGUGCACAUGGUCCAAUGCCCAAAACAGUUCCAUGAAAUCAGUGCUAACGGUUGGUCAAGUUCGGUAGUUUAAAAACGAACAACUACCGAAUGGAAUCCAUAGUUCUUUCAAGCCAGUUAACCCCUUAGUAACCAAACCAUUUUUACAUUUUCUUACCAUUAAGGACCAGGGCUCUUUUUACAUUUCUGCGGUGUUUGUGUUUAGCUGUAAUUUUCCACUUAGUCAUUUACUGUACUCACACAUAUUCUAUACUGUUUUUCUCGGCAUUAAAUUGUCUUUCUAAAGAUACCAUUAUUUUCAUCAUAUCAUAUAAUUUACUAUAAAAUAUAAUAAAAAAAAAACCCACACACUUUUUCUAACUUUGACCCCCAAAAUCUGUUGCGCAUCUACAACCACCAAAAAACACCCAUGCUAAAUAGUUUCUAAAUUUUAUCCUGAGUUUAGAAAUAUCCAAUGUUAACAUGUUAUUAGCUUUUUUUUUUUUUUUUUUGAAAGUUAUAGGGCUAUAGGUACAAGUAGCACUUGCUAUUUCCAAACCAUUUUUUUUUUUUUUUUAUUAACGCAAGUUACAUUGUAACACUGAUAUCUGUCAGGAAUCCCUGAAUAACCCUUCACAUGUAUAUAUUUUUUAAAAGAAGACAACCUAAGGUAUUAAACUUGGGGUAUUUUGACUCUCUUCAUGUAACCAUUUUACCACCAAUCUAGGCCAAAUGUAAAAAAAUUUUUUUAAAAAUUGGCGAUUUCUUUUUGACACACAUAGCAAUUUAAGAAUACAUGUAUGGAGAACCUUAAGGGUUACUGCCAAAGAACACUCCGAUAUAUGUUCAGCAACAUCUUCUGAUUACAGUGAUACCCCCCCCCCCCCAUCUAUAGGUGUGUUGGGUUCUCUGGGGGCUAAAAUACCUUAUUUGGAGGGUGUACUUUCCAGUUUUCCAACUUGGAAUUUUCUCAGCUGGUCAUCAUGCACCCAUGUCCUAUUUGGGACAUUUUUUAAGCCGGCCAAUGUAAUUUACCCAUCUAAAGUAGACACCCUAGGGUAUUUCAAAUUGUGGUAUUUUAACACUUUUCAUGCACUAAUUCUACCACCAGUCUUUGUCAACAUUUUGGGUAGCCAUUUUUUUAAAGUUAUUUUUCUCUCACAUUGUACUUUAGGCAUGUAUUUUCUGCUCGUAUUGUGUAUUACUGCCAAAGAACACCACAAUAUGUGUUCAGCAACAUGUUCCGAGUACAACAAUGUACAGGUUUUAUGGGUUUUUGCAAACUUACAGGGGUCAAAUAUAGGGCUUUCCCCUUUUCCAUGUUUGCGGGGUAUUUCCAGUCUUUUGUAGCAGCCACUUAGUCACAAACGCUGACCAAAUGUAGUGUUUUUAUUGGGGUUUAUUUUUUUUUUAAUAUAUAUAUAUAUAUAUAUAUAUAUACACACACACACACACACCAGUAGAGAGCACUCAGGAAUCUUUCAAAGCAUCGCUGCAAUACCAUUAGAGCUGCUGGAAGCAAUCAUGAUCACUUCCAGCGCUCUAAUUCCCUGCGGACGUACCUGAUCCUUAAGGACAGUUUUUUGUCGGACGUACCUGAUGCUUCCUGGGUCACUAAGGGGUUAAAUGGUCUUGUACAGGUUUCCCUGCAGGGCCCAAAGUCUGUGGGCAGGAGGCUGGCAAGCAGGCUCCUCCAGGAGCUCGUGGCAAACUCACGUGGGAAGGGGAAUUUGUCACAGUGAGUAUGACGAAAACCUGUAUCAUUUCGCCAAUGCAAAAAAACUAUUCUUUUCAAUACUUGAUAAAAGGAUCAUUAUAUUAAAACAUAGUUUUGAGGUGACAGUUGUCUUUUAAGCAUACAUAAAGUUUCCUUUACAAAUCUACUAACAUUUACUCAUAACCUAGAUAAUAGGUACACGUUAUUUUGCAAUAUUGUGUAAAUUAGAAUAAUGAAUCACAAUUCCAUGUAGAAUGAAGUUUUUAAAUGAGUAGUUGAAUGUAAUAAACAUGAUUCAUUAACUCUGGAAUGUCAGUGCGCAGACAUGAGUUGUUUUUGGUGGUUGGCUUUUGUAUGUAGGAACAAGUUGUGUUUUUUUUGUUUUUUUUUAUCCCUUGUGUUGGUAAGUUUACCAACUACACCCCUUAAGUAUUUUAUGAUUAAAUUGCCCUGUUAUUUGAAGGGUUAGACAACACUCAAUAUACCUAGUGCCUGUUCCAUACUCAUGGGGAAAAGCCUAAAAACUAGUGCUCUCAAAAACAUUUAUUCGUACAUGCAUUCAAUUUGUACCAUGUCACUGUGCUUUCCUAUGUCUGCUAUUAAAAUCUUGAAUGCGUUCAUACAGCUUAAAACCUCAUAAGUAAUAAUAUGUGCAACCCUUCUACUUGAUCUCUCCAGGAUAUCACAUGACAAACCAUAUGGUACAGAGCUCUGCUGAUUUAAGCUCUUGCUUUUGGACGAGUAGCAAAAUUUGGGGUGACUGAUGAAAACAUGAUACGUUUUCAAUUCACUUGAUUUGUCAUAGUCAGGGGUCUUUGUGUCUAUUAUAUAACUAUCUUCUAUGUUGUCCUGAGUUUCCAUUAUUUGACACUAAGGCAUCAUUAUUAUUGUCUAUUCACGUUGAGUAGAAUUGCUUAUUUUUCUUGACCAUGUUCUGAUGUAUUUUUUUUAAUUAUUUUUUUACAGUAUAAAACUCAGUACAGCACAAGGAUCGUCAAAGUGCCUGUCCUUCCUUAUCAUAACAACACAGGAUUCCAAUCCCACAACUCUACAGAAGCAGAAGAGGAGAUUGUGAGCGCAGUUAAUGUCAGUGAUAUUGUGGAGAAUGUGACCCGAGCAAUGGGCAAACUGCAGGAAAUGAUGGACAUGGAGGAAGUGGUACCUGUCCCAGGCUCGGCGAAUGGUGUGAAUGCUUUGGGCCUUGUGGUCUUCUCCAUGUGCUUUGGUCUGGUGAUUGGAAAAAUGAAGGAACAGGGCAGGGCACUCAGGGAGUUUUUUGACUGCCUCAAUGAAGCCAUCAUGAGACUUGUGGCCAUUAUUAUAUGGUAAGACUUUAUAAUGAUAUAUUAUUUUACAUAUCCAUGAAGCCUUGCUGUUUUAUACUAUGUGAAAUAGCUUUUUAAAAACUUUUUUUUCCCUACUUUUAUAUACUGAGUUACUGACACCUUAAUGACCAGUGGAUGCCAGAUUUUAAAAUAAUGAGAUGGUACGCCAUGCCAGUGGAGCUAUAUAGAAUUUAUGUUGAGGCGAUAUGGGUUUAAGGGACCUACAUAUGUGGAGCAAUUGCCUCAUAGUACGUCCUUUUUGAGGUGAGUUUAAAGUCUGUAUUCCUAGUGCUAGUAGUGCAAACUGCUGGUACUCUCCUCUCCCUGGAUGACCGUGACUCACUGGAGGUUAUUCUGUGGUAGUCAUGGAGCACAGCAGCCCGCAGCCUCUUAACCUCAAUCACAGCUGGAGAACGUGCAGUGGUCGCUCCGUUCAUCCAAAAUGAUGGCCGUCGUGCGGGGAAACCAGCUGGCUUGUCAGAGGGUGGAGGUGGAGAAAGGACAAUAAUGUGGCCAAUAUGGUGUUGUGUCCCAAAGUCUAAUUUGUUGACCCCUGGUAACUCGCCUACAGGUGAGACCUGUAAUCGGCAGCCCUUUAUAAGUAGAGUACACCUACCAGUCAGUGCUUCGUUGUUUUGCCAGUCUCGUAACUCCUAAUAUUUUUUGCCCAGUUCUCCCUGUUGUUGCUGGUUUCCUGACUUUUGCUAUCCUUCUGACCUCAAUGUUUACCGUCUGACCUGACCUCUGGAUGGUCUGACUCUGAUUAUUGCGCCUGACCCUUACUCUGAUAUUUUGCUGUGGACCUUAUCUUUUAUUUUUUAUCUUUCUGUUAAAGCCCCUGUGCUAUUGCCUAUUUGACAGAAUCCUGUUCUCAUGUUCAGGUUACCUGUGGGUCGUGUAUGUAAGGGAGAGCUGUUACUGCAGUUGAGUUCUGGAAUCAAACACCCACCCUGGGUUGUUACACGCAUACACAAAGACAUUCAUAUACACACUCAUAAGUACAUCCACACAUUUAAAGAAAAAAAAAAUUAAAAGACUGGUUGAAAGAUUGUGUCCCAACAUUGAAGGAGGUCCAAGUUAAGAUUGAAGACAACUACUUGAUGGAGAAGCUUAUAUCAAUUGUCCAUAAUUCUUUGGGUAGAUACUUCCUUGGUAGGUCCAUAUAUACCUUGCAGUGAGUGACCAUAUAAUGUUAUGUCUUGAUCUCUCUACACAGGUACGCCCCUAUUGGAAUUCUGUUCCUGAUAUCUGGGAAGAUUUUGGAAAUGGAUGAUCUGAUGGUGAUGGGGGGUCAACUGGGCAUGUACACAAUUACUGUCAUCAUAGGACUUCUCAUACAUGCUCUGAUAGUCCUUCCAUUAUUGUUUUUCAUCGUUACCCGCAGAAACCCAUGGCCAUUUAUUGGAGGACUCCUUCAAGCCCUUAUCACAGCCCUGGGAACAUCAUCAAGGUGAGUCCUGUGGAGGUUUGCAGAAUAUGGUUGAUUUUAUAUUAAGUAUGGUUUGUUCAGUUGAGUAAUUCUGCUUUAUAAAUUAAUGAUCUAGUUAUUUACAUAAAGAGUUAUUGCUGUCCUAAUGGUCUGUGGGAUCUGUUUGUAUUUCAUUGACAUGCGCAUAAACCAGAGUGUUCUUAAUCAGUCAUUAUUCCUCCAGUUUUUUUUGUGGCUGGAGCAUUGUGCAUGUCCCAUAAACUCCCUUCUCAGGAUGGUUUUUGGAUAUACUUAGUUCAGCUGUUUUAAAUUUUUACUGAAAUGUGAACAGCACUAGCCAGACCCAGCUGUAAAUAAUUUAUUUUAUGAAAAACAUUGUGUCUCAUGAGUUGAACAACUCUAAGCUCUGUUUGCUGUUCAGAUUUUUUUUCAGGAGCCCAUACUAGUCACUUAAGAAAAAUAAUACAGGUUCAUACUGCACAAGACCUUGUAUUCCAAGUGGGAGGGAGUGUGGUUCCUUUAUGACAUUGCAGAGUAAGUGGUAUAAAAAUGGCUCAGAAGAUUAGAUCAAAAUGCUCAGAAACAAACAAUGACCAUAUUAUAUGCAAGGAGCAGAACUGAUUCUGGUUCUUAAAAAGUCCCUUCAAGUAAAAAACUGUAAUUUAUCUUGUUUUUUUAGAUGCUAAGUGGUUCUUUACCUUUGUUCAUGUUUUUCAGCUCUGCUACCCUCCCCAUUACGUUUAAGUGUUUGGAAGAGAACAAUGGUGUGGACAAGCGCAUCACUAGAUUUGUGCUUCCCGUGGGAGCAACCAUUAAUAUGGAUGGAACAGCGCUCUAUGAGGCACUGGCUGCCAUUUUUAUCGCGCAAGUGAACAACUAUGAGCUGAACUUUGGACAGAUUAUCACUAUCAGGUGAGUGAUUUUUUGUCUUUUUUAUGGCUAACAAUGUCUUGACACCAAUGUUAGUGUCAUUGACCAUACAUUAGAAGUGUGACUAAUGGUAAAUUAGUUACCAUUAAUUGUAAUAUUUCUAUAUCUUAAAACACUGAGUGCAAAACAAGUCAAUCACUUGUCAGUACACAGAUUUUACCAACAAUUUUUGUGAUGCUAGGUGUAUAAGUGAACACACACAUUAUAAAUAUGCUAACUACUAUUAAUUGUGUUACGGUACCUUCAGUAAUAAAUGUACAAACCGCCGUUUAGUGAAUGCUCCCCGUUGGCAAUAAUGUUGUCUGUAAGCGUAUGCAAUACAACCAUGCGAACCGCCAGCCAGGGAACACUCCAAUCUCCCGAACGGUAUCCGUACGACUCCUUCCCUUCACGAGCCACAAGUUCACGAACUGCCAAUAUCAGCCGAAUGCCAAUAUCUUCCAAGCGGCAAAUAAUUACAAAUAGCAGUCUCUACUCGCCGGUAAUAAAAUCCCCCCCCCCAAUAAUGAGCCCAAGCUCCGCAUUGAGGGUAAAACACGAACUGAGUUUACUGUGGGCUACCUGCCCGUAUUUAUGCAGGUCUCCCACUUGGUGGACACUCAAAUGGGAGACUGGAAUAGCAGAUGGACAUGGGGACAUUUCAGACAUACAAUCACACAAUAUUCCCAGCAUACAUCACAGUUUCCUCCCCUCUGCCCGGGAGAUAAUUGAGAAGUAAUUCAAUUAUCUCCCAGAGCAGAGGCAAAUCGCCAUUUUAAAUACAAGUCACAUAAAAAUAUAUAACUUUUAUAACUGCCGAACAUAUUACAUUCAUGUAACACAUCCCCAGAUAGCCUGGAUCUGAGGGUAUAUUAUUGGCAAAUAGCGCUCAGAUCCCAUACACACAGUUCAAUCGCCAUGGAGGUAAAGUCUAUUACAGUUCUUCGGUAUGCGAUUGACUCCAUGGGACGGCUAUCUGGGGUAAGUCUAUUCGUGCCUUUACAUCUCCCGAACGGCCGGUGUUCGCACACUUCUGUCGAUUGAGAAGGGAGGUCGACGGCUUCAGCGGUGUUAGGUUGAAAAGGUGUCCGUUUUUAGUUCCAUGAAAUAAGUCGAACACCGCUGGUCUUUCGCAUGGUUAAAAUGGCCGCCGCCUCGUGGUCGACAUACGAACGAUGACCACCCUGUAUUCGGUUUUAAUUGAGAAGUGUCUGUGGUUAACCUCAACGUUCUAAUUGGGAUCAAUAGGUUAACCAGCAGCACACUUCUCUUCUGGGUGGCUAAAUUCAUGCAAACGGCAAAACAGACGAACACGGCAAUCUUGGUUCAUACGGAUGGGUCUGUCACAAAUUGUAAAACCCUACAUUGUGUGACAUAAUUACACAUCACAAAAUUCUAUAGCCCUUUUAUAGUCUAGUAUUGGUUUUCUUUGAUACAUACAGGAAAAAAAUGCAUUAAUUGACUUGUGCAUUCAGUUUAUAAUAUUUAGUAUUUGCCCUUUUUCCAAUACCCAAUAUAUAUAUUUGCAUAUAGCAAUGCCAAGGUAUUAUUAAACAAUGAAGCAAUGAAUUGUUUUUUUUUUUUUUUUGUGUGUGUAAAGUUACACCUUUGUCAUGUGCCUGUUUGAUCAAACAUGUGUUGUCUAUGUCCUUUUAAAAACUUUAGUACUACCCUCCCUCUCUGUUUAUUAUGUCCCUCUAUUGCUGCUAGGGCUGUCAUAUGCUUCUGGCACUAGGGGUUCGCAAAGUUCCACUGAUGCAGCCUCCGUUUCGACUUCAUGCCUGCUGCAUUGCUUAAAGGAUUCCUGUAGUGCCAGGGAAACACAGCUGUUUUCCUGGCACUAUAGGUUUAAAAACUUGCGCCUUUCCUCCCAUGGGGCUGAAGGGGUGCUCCUCCCCCACCGACCUCAGCCAGUGGGGGAGACCUAAUGCGCAUGCAAUGCUUUCCUAUGGGGAAAUCUGACGCUUGAGGUCCACAUGCAGAUAACGGAUCGAAGGUCCGUUUCGAUUCCAAAAGCGCCCCCCAGUUAGCUGAAGUGGUCUGGUUGCCUACAGUGUCCCUGUUAAGCUUAGUGCUCCUGCUGCACAGUGUGAAAAGUGAAGAGACCGUGUCUGACACCUCUCUCUCCACUCUCUCCCAGCUCCAUGAUUUGAAUACAUCCCUGCAGUCUCUGAUAAACCUCCCCUGGCUCCAUGCUUUGAGCCCCUCCUUUCCUCAAUCUUACCCCUGGCUGGUAGCUGCCCACUGCAGUUUUUUGUUUUUGUUUGUUUUUUGUAUUAUUAUACAUAGAAUUAUUUCUGAACCCCAAACUGUGGUUGGCUAUAAUCCUCUGUGAGGAUAUAUAAGAUAAACAUGUUAACUUGGCCGUUAAGAUGUUGAGAAAGCAUAAUGCUCAGCAACAGACAUUCUAUCAUAAUGUUGCACAAAGAAGGGCUUUAUCUACACCAAAUUGCUUUAAAAAUGAAUUGUCAGCAUUAUAAUGUAUCAAGGAAAAUUCAGCAUUAUAAAGAAACUGGAUCCGUUGUUUAGUGUAAACACAGUGGAUGCCUACAUUGUUCAUCGGCAACAAAGUGCUUUAAAAACUUUGCCACUCAAAUUGGAUGCUGACAUCGCCUGAGCUGGAAAGAGAAUUGUCAGAGAGUACUUCUGUGACUUGUUCUGCUUCAACAAUCCGUGGCCGGCAACUUUACUUUGAACUCAGAAGCCGUAAAGCAAGGAGGAAGCCUCUACUGUCAGAAUGCCAGUGAAAAGCUUGCCUACUGUGGGUUAAGCAACAUCGACAUUGGUCGACAGGUGACUGGCAAAAGGUUUUGUUUAGUGACGUAUUGACAUUUUCCAUUACUGCAAAUAAUGGUAUCUCAUAUGUAAGGGAGACAUUCUGGUGAAGAACUCAAGCCAUAGUGCAAUAAGAGAACAUUGAAGUACCCAACAUCUGUAAUGAUUUGGUCUUGUAUGGCUGCAAAUGGCAUUGGGAGCUGUGCAUUUCUGAUGGAAUAAUGAAUGCAAGCAGGUAUAUUUGUGUCCUAACUAAUAAAAUGCUUCCUAGGGCUGCAGCGUUAUUAAAGUUAUUCCCACAUAGUGACUGUGUUCAACAACAAGGCCUCUUGCCAUCGAGCAACGACUGUAAAAAAACUGGUAUAGAAUACAGAGGUGUUCGUCGUCUGACUGGCCUGCUCAAUCACCUGAUUUGAACCUUAUCAAAAACAUGUGGAUGAAACAAAGUGUGGAAUAUCAAAGAAGCAGUUACUUCUACUACAGGGCCGUUGAAUGCUUCAAUCUGGUUGGUUGACGAAAGUUCUAAGGUGUGCAUUAUUUUCAGGGAGACGCACGGCUAAAGUAGUUCCAGACAGGUCUUGACCGCAUUACAAUUGCGUGAGAAAUUAGUCCUACAUACAAGAGUGUUUUAAUGACAAAAACUUGACAAACGUCUUGAAAUAAAUCAUCCGAACAAUGUUUCGAGGUGUGGUAACUGUAGUAUAAGCGGAAUAAUUGACUCCAGGCUUUGCGUCGUGACUGCAUUACCACCUCGGGUGUGCAUUAUUUUUCUAAUAAUUCAAUGGCCUGUCGUCAUAAAAAAGGAAUAUUCAAUCAAAUAUUAACACCUCUUGUGUUUCAAUAAGUGUAUUUAGAUGCCAGAUUUAUUCAUUAUUUGCUGCUUCUUUAUAAUAUUUCAAAUGUAUCUGUAAAAAAAAAAAAAAAAAGUUGUUACAUAUUUCUAUGGGUUUUCCACACACGCUCUUCAUUUUUAUCUCAUGAUAUUUUUUAUGUCAUAAACUGAUUAAUCUUAAGGUCAGGCUUGAAAUGUACAAUACAUGAAGACAUUUCCUUAAAUUAGGUAAAUAAUUUAAGAUAUUUUUUAUUAUGUUUUAUUUAUAUUUAAAUAUGUUGAGCUCCAUGUAGAGACAGGUGAUGCGUGUGUGUAUAUAUUAUGAUUUUAUAAAAUCCAUUAAUUAACCCCUUAAGGACCAAACCUCUGGAAUAAAAGGGAAUCAUGACAUGUCACACAUGUCAUGUGUCCUUAAGAGGUUAAUGCACUUCACCUGUAUGUAUGUAUUAAAAAACAAAACAAAAAAAAAAACAGUUGUUGCACUAUAACGUUUUUAUGUUUCUUGAUGUGUAGUAUGUCAGCAGUGAGUUACUAUGGUAACUGCUCCAAAUGAAUAGGACUUACACCUUCUACAACAUAAUUAAAUUUAAUUGCUAUAAAGAUAUUUAUAUAUGGUGUGUUUUCACUAUUACACUUAGCUUGACAAAGAUUUGUAUAUUGGACAAAAUGUUGUGUAAAUGAAAUUUUUGUUUCCAACACCUUGGAGGAGCACUGGACCACUUCCACCAGUCAAGUGCUUUAAUUUGUCAAAAAUAUAUAAAUCAUGGCACAUCAUCAUCCUCAUGAAGGAUCUUAUGUAAAGAAUCACAUUGACAUAGUUUUGUUUUUGUUAUUUUUUUCGGUUGUUUUCUCCUAGAGACCAAAAUUGUAUACAAGUUAUGAACGCUGGGGCCUAUUCUUCAAUGGCAAAAUAAGCUCAGAGAAUUAUUCUUUAACUGUAUGAAUAUUUAUACACCAACACAAAACAUGUGCACAACAAAGACCUGUAAAUCCGCCUUUAUUAGACUUUGCCUAAAGUUGGCCUAUACCUGGUACCGACAAGUCAUAGUUUGUAUCUACAAAGAGGAAGAGGGUCCCACUGGAAAUAGCACAGGAUUGAAUUUGUGAGUCCUGAACACUGGUCAAAAAUCACUAAUCUACUCAGUAAUUUCAUAUCUGUUAGUAGAUCCUGACAUUGUUACUGCUUUUCUUGUUUAGUUAUCUCAGAUAUCCAUUACCUGUGAUUUAAAUGUUGGCUCGUUGGAAAACAGGCAAACCUCCUGCUUACAGGAUUCUUCUUUGCCAUAAUAGAAGCUUUGUGUAAGCCACAUACAUUUUGUUGCAUUCUCUUGUGGUUUUUAUACUGACUCCAAUUUUUUCGUUUUUCUUUUUUCUCUCCGCAGUAUUACAGCAACAGCUGCCAGUAUUGGCGCGGCUGGAAUUCCUCAGGCUGGCCUCGUGACCAUGGUUAUAGUCUUGACAUCCGUGGGACUCCCCACAGAGGAUAUAACACUUAUAAUUGCGGUUGAUUGGUUCUUGUGAGUAUAUUUAUUUGAUAUCUAAACCAUUUCAGGCUCUUAACCCCUUCAAUGCGGAGCACUUUUUAAAUGGAAUAAAAUAUUAGCAGUAAUUUGAAGCAAGGGAUGCGUAACUAUCAUAUAAACAUAUUGUAACACAGCAAUUCUGUGCAUAGAUUGCUUUACAGAAAAAUGUAAACUAUAUGUGAAUUUACACAAUUUUUAUUCAUUUAUUUGUUCAUCUUUUAUAAAAAAAAGUAAGUGUGUGUGUGUGUAUAACGGGUUGAUAGCUUGGCACUCUCCUUACCAGGAAUUUUGUUCAAACUGCCUGGGUGCAAUCCAAAUGCGUCCAAUAUGUAUACAAUAGAAAUCCAGGAUGCACACACAGGUCUUAAAAAAAUUUUUAAAAAAUUAUGUUGUGAUUUAUUUAGUGUUUCAACAAACAGCACAUAAAUCGACAUUUCAACCCUACCGGGUCUACCUCAAGUAAUCUUGAGAAAGACCCAGCAGGGUCGAAACGUAGAUUUUUUUUUUUUUUUGGGCUGUAUGUUGAAACACUAAAUAAAUCACAUUGUGCUUUUUUUUGAGACCUGUGUGUGUAUCCUGGAUUUCUUUUGUGUGUGUGUGUGUGUGUGUGUGUGUAUAUAUAUGUUUGGAAAAUUAAGCUUUAGACAGUAUACAGUGUUCUUUGUAUUUCACACAGGGUCUGAAAUGUUAGUGCAAAAGCACAAAUACAAUAAUUCUCACAUAUAGUAAGUGUGACAAAACUGUGUAAAUAAAAAUAUGUAUAUCUUGCUUAACUAUAUCAUGCCUUUAAAGGGACACUCCAGGCACCAAAACAACUUCAUCUAAAUUAAUUUGUUUUGGUGCCAGGAGGCCCCUGAAGGCACUCUUACCUUGAAGGGGUUAAACUGUUCUUCGAUGUCCACUCCUCCCCGGUGGCAUCCGGCUUCUGAAAUUUUACUUACAGCUCGAAGUGUCUCUGGGCAGGGGCGCCAUUUUUUGGCCGAGAGUGGUCAGCUGCCACGUUCAGCCAAUCAUUGACUUCCCAUUCACUAAACUGGCUUGGAAAAGGUAUGCCUCUUUCGAAGCCAGUUUAGGUAAUGGGAAGCCACUGAUUGGCUGAAUAAAUAACAGUUCAGGCACUCUGGGAUAACGGCAAUAGCCGCUUUAUUGGGGCAAAACAGCAGCGUUUCAACCCAACCGGGUCUUUAUCAACCAUUUAUUUAUUCUGCAUAUCUUGGAAGGGGGCCUGGCUAGCCCUGGCUUCCUUGCACUUGGGAUAUUUUGUGAGUGCGUUAUCUAGUACGUUUCUACUACUGAUUGGCUGAAAGCGUCAGCUGACUGCUCUCAGCCAGUAAGCGGCGCCCCUGCACAGUGGCACUCUGCAUUUCCUGUAUGUGAAAAUUCAGAACCUGGAUGCCGCCAGAGGAGGAGUGGUCGUCACCCAUGAUCCGUUUUCUGUUAAUACAUGGGUAACUCUUUAAUCAACCUAUUUUUACAGUGUAUGGCAGUAUUGAUCUUGAGCUUCGGUUAGGUACUUGUAUAGCAGUUGUUAACAUAUUGGGGGGGACUAAAUUAAAAAAAAAAAAAAGUGUGCCACAUUGUAACUGAGGUAAGUACUGUAGGUAGUUAAGUUGCUAAUUAAGAAUGGUUUCAGAACAGUACUGAGGAAUAUGUGGUUAGUGGUAAAAAUGACUGUUUGGAAAAAAACUGUACUCUAAAAUCUUGGCAAACCUAAACGUGGGGUGCAUAAUGGAUUAUGAUCCGUGCCUCAAAAAAUUUCCACUCACCAAUAACCAUUGGUGAGUGAAAGUUUCAUCCUGGCGAGUAGAAAUUCACUCCCGGUGAGUAUGCUAAUAAAUGCACGAAACCCCAAUUUGUAGCUGGAUAGGUGUUAAAAAGAGGAAUGGAGUCCAUUAUCCACCCCAUACCUUGGGCUAUACGACAAACUAUCACGUGGUUGGCAGAUAAGGGGUUAAAGAUGGGAGUAAGUCGGCAUGGCAAAUGCAAUUUUGUCGCAUUUUUUUUCUAAAUUGUGUAUUGUUUCCUCUUUGUCCAGGGACCGUCUCAGAACAACCACCAAUGUCCUCGGAGACUCCUUAGGAGCUGGCAUUGUUGAACAUCUAUCCAGGCAUGAACUUCAGAAAAAAGAUGCUGAAAUGGGGAACUCUGUUCUUGAAGAGAGUGAGAAACCCUACCAACUAAUCUACCCCGAGAAUGACAUACAGAAACACCCCAGUAGUGAAACAUCAAUGUAAGCCAUAGACAUUCUCAACAGAACCUCAAACAAUCUGUGACAUUCACCCAUAGAGAACCUCCUAAUCUUUCUACUAGUGAUCUGAAUCCAACCGUGUGAAAACCUUGAUUAUACUGGCAUUUAUAGAAGAAACCUUUUUUUUAAAGAGGUCAUCUUAACUUGAUAAGAACAUUCCACGUACACCACAACUAAGCGAGACUUACAAAUGGACAGUGGUCAAUUUAUGGGAGGUAAGAUGUAUUUCUCCCCAAAAGGAGACACCUCAGGGGUAUCAUUUUGAUCUUCAUUGAUCACUUUGUCCUCUCUAGUACUAAAGGUGUUGGGUUAAAGUUUUUAAUAGAAUACUUAUAUUGUUUGAUAUGUCUGAAUAUAUAGUCAUAGGAACUUCCAGGAAUUACAUUUAAAAUGUGAUAUCUUUAUUUUAUUUAUAUUUGUACGUGCAGUGGAAUCUUAAUUUAAGUCCAUCCCAGUUUUGCAUGGAUUGUAAUUGUGUAUUAUUUUAAUAUAUAUUUUUAAAUAAUUGUAUCUGAACAUUGUAUUUAGAACUUUUCUGAAAAAAAAAGAAUGCUUGUGAGUUUAAUUUAGAUAGUGUGGGAAUUCGUAGUGUUUUGAGAGGUCAGGUAAUAUGUAGAAAGUAAGUUUGAUGACCCAUUACUCGUCACGUCCCUGUAUGACAAUGUCCGCUAUAACUUGCUGUUCUGGUCAUAUUCUGAAUCAUGCAAGAAGGAAAUCAAAUUUACAAUGCUGCCGACUGGCCACAUUAGCCUAUUGGUGCAAAACAGAUUAGCUGGGGGUGGUAGGUUGAUGGAUGCUGACUUAAAAUGGACCUGUUACCUAUUCCACUCAUUCAAUGGAUGCAGGGCUCAUAGAUCUGCAAACUAAGCAGGGCAUUCUAUAUUAAUUUAAGGUCAUCUGGAACCAGAUUGUUUAUAUGUAACGGGUUGUGGUACUAAUGGAGUUAAUUAACAUUCCAUUAUGUAGUGUUAUUGACUUAAUUAAGCCGUAAAAUGUUGAUUUUUAUUUUAUUUUUAAUCCAAGAGAUCCCCUUUUAUAUACUCCAACAGAAAGGACUAAUAUAGGAGAGGUAGGUUAAAAUUUGACCGCCUUUGGGGCUAUUCACUAGACUUUUAGCGAAUAAAAGUCCAAAUGGUAAAACUGAGGCGAAAAAUGUCUAGCUGUGAUUAGCUUAGUUGGAGAACUAUUACAAAUCCUGUUAUUUUCUGUUAUAUUUUAGCUUCAAUUAGCUCAUUCAGAUUUUAUAUUUAUUUUUUUAAGUUUAGUUAAUAACCAUGUGUUGUUGUUUUUUUUGUUUUUAAUUGUUACACCUAAAUGGUAAUCAUUGUGACUACUUUUUUAUGGUUACUGUUGCUGUGUGUUUUGGUUUAGGCCAACACAUUCGAGUUUUGUGGAGACCUUGCUUUGCCUGCUAGUGUUCAUAGCCCACAGGCAAUCCAGUCGCUGUUGCAUUCUCUGUGCUUGUGAUGUGUGACAUCACAAUGUAAAUUAUCAAAGUGAAAAAAAAAAAUCAAGCAUUCAUGUGAUCCUGACUACAAAGAUUUCUUAGAACCCCGCAGUAAUGUUUUUUUUUUUUGUUUUUUUUUUACCCACUCACAGAUAAUUGUAUCAUAGUGUAAAUUGAACAUAACAAGCGAAUGCACAGAAGGAAUCCAUUCAAAACCCCACCCUGAACUGCAGUGUUGCUUAGCAACAAGGGGGAUGAAUUAUUACAAAAUCAUACAUUAAGGUCCAAAUGAAUGUCAGUCUGCGAGUAACGUGUUUAAUAGCGCUAUCAUAAAAGUACCAGAGUGAAACGCUAUAGCAACAGAGAUUACAUACUCACUGAGCCAAAAUCUCAUGCUUACAUCCUGAUAUAGAUGCAUUCCAGAACUCUGCCCACCUAUUAAGAUUUGAAUACAUAUAAUAAAAAGUCACUUAUCAAUGAAAAAGCGAUUACAUAAAAUUUAUUUAUAGGACAAUUGUAAAGAGUUACGGUCAUCAGAUUACCAGAAACAAAACCUUUAAGUCACACAACCCUGUUAACGCAUGAAGGUUGUCAUAGAGACCAUAAUAACAACCUAUCUUAACCAAGGCCCUAGGCAAAAAAUAUUUUGUCGCCCCCACUCAUGCAGACUAACACACACUGACUCAAGUAUAAACACACACUGAUCCAUGCAAACUAAUACACACUCUGACCCAUGCAGACAUACACAGACACACACUGACCCAUACAGACACAUGCAGACACACACUGACCCAUGCAGACACACAUACAGACACACACAAACUCAUGCAGACACACCCUUACCCGUACUGACCCAUAUAGACACACACACUGACCCAUGCAGACUGACAUACACAAACAUACUGACUGAAGCAAACUAAUACAAAUUCUCUGACACACAUCUUACCUCCAUUGCUGUUCCUAUGCCCAUCUUGCCUGGGCCUGGCAGGUCAUCACUUCCUGUCUUAGUCCCGCCUCUGCCAUCCUCUCGCCCACUUGCCCCCACGUACAGGGGAAGGGGCGAGAGCAAGCAAUUGAAGCGCCUUUGCGCUGCUUCACCAUUGGAUGCCUGGGAGGGGGGCCUGGCUCUUAGGUCUGACGUGGAUGCCGCCGGAUCGGUGUUCUACCAGGCACUAUUGAACAGCAAUGUAAGUACUCCCUAGCACCUGGUAACAUGGCCAGCGGCACACUCAAAAAAAUAGAGGGGAGGCCGUGGGCCGGAGCAAUUUUGAUCGUAAAGACAGGGGCAGCGCCGUAGGCGGCCGCCUAGUUGGCCUAUAUGAAGCGCUGGCCCUGAUCUUAACUAAAAUUUUACUGUUUUUUUUAAAUAAAUGUGACAGGAGAUCUGCUCUAAUUAAUUUGUACAUAAACUGGGCAGCUUUUUUAUGAAAUGGUAAAGGAAUAGUUUGAAACUCCACAAUCUUUGCAUCUGAAUCUUUAAAUAUACUCCACUAUCUUUGAGAUAUAUGUUGUAUAUUGAAAGAAUGUAUACUGAAACAUGAAAUAAACUUGAUUCUUUUUUUUUUUUAACAUACCUUAUAUCAGUUGAUUUUUAGUGGGAUUUAGCAGCAUUUUUCUUUCUAACUUGGAAUACCUUCUACAUGUUUCUGAAGAAUUGAUUCAGGAUCACCUCUACAUUUGAAUCUACUUAACAUAAGGGUCUGAUGAAAUGUUUCAGAUGGAUCAGAUAGGAUCUUCUAACUCUUUUGAAUUGGUUCUUCUCUAUUCCCUUUAUAGUCAGCGGAAUGGAAGAUUUCAAACUGCAAUAACAUUACAGUCUGUGGGCUUCCGAUAAAGGGUUUGUGAUCACUUUAUUCCCUAUCUUUUGUAUCAGAGGACAUCCUUGAUGCUGCUAGAACAAUUGUUUAGAAAAACAAAUAACUCUAUGCAGGACUACUAUGUGCCACUCCAAACUAUCAGCAUGCCAUUAAUACAGUUCCACCAUCUUUAAUUUUGUAAAUUAGUUUCUCUUUCAAAUUGACCAUGAAGAUGCUGGCACAUGUGGGUUCCACACUGGAGCCUUGAAGUUCCAGUGGAAUGCCUUUACUCUGCAUGUAGAAAUCAUUCCUAACAAGAUAAUUGUCAUUCAAAAUUCAAUGUAAAAAGACUAGCUUUUCACAUCUGAAGACCAAGUGAAAAAAAAUAACCAUUUCAACUGCUGUUGAAAACUCUUGAUGAUCGGAUUGAUAGAUGGUGACAUGGAAUGUAACCAAAAAAGAAUUGCCAUCUGCUUCCAAGUUUGACAACAAAUAUGUUGUAUCCUUAACAUACGACUUAAUGUUCAAAAUACAGUCUUCAAGUUGGUCCAGAUACUUGGCUAAAGGGGAAAAGAUGGAAUCCAUCCCUACCACAAUAGGGCAACCAGGUGGAUCUAUCAUGGAUAAAUGCAUUCUAAAACAAAAUCCUGGCCUAGCCAAGCUACUGAACCGAGCAGACGCAAGUCUGAUGGGCUCCAUGACUAGAGCCCUAAUUACAUCACUUUUCCCGACUCCUGCUUCAAACCAAGCAACCCCUAGGCAGCCCACAUCGACAUGGGCAGAAAAAAAAACCAGAGGGCAGACAAGCUGAGACCAGGCAUGAGCAUAGGCGAUCUGUGGCGGCAGGCACAUGGCACCUCCCAGCCCAACAUGGUCGCCUACACGGAAGAGAUCUACAACUUCUCGGACGACCAAACCUUUGAACCCAGGGAUCUCCACUUACCUGUCCUGCGGGCACCAAACCCGACCCCGGUACCCGCUGCCUCCAAACCGGACUUAACACCGGUAACUAGGGCUGACAUGGAGGAGUGGCUGGCAGGCCUAAGGAAAGACAUCCAACCGAUAUGGCCACGUUCAGGAGAGACAUACAAGGCCUGACAGGCCGUAUGGGCACCCUGGAAAGCGACUCCCACAACGCAUAGGCACAAAUCCCUCAACUAUAACAAGAGAUCCACACGCUCCAAAAGCAACAUACCAUAGAGCAAAGGUUCACAAUGAUGGAGGAUUCCAGGCGCAGCAACAACCUCAAAAUCAGAGGGAUAGCAGAAGCGGUCCCUGAAGCAGAACUGCCGCACUUCAUGAGACGUCUGCUGAGUGCAAUAUUAUCCCCCAGACAGGCUAAAUCGGCCAUGAUUUAGGGGAUGUUUCAGAUCCCGAGACCUAUGAAGGUACCUGCCACAGCUCCACGAGACCUGAUCGUACACUUCCAAAAUGGGCAAGACAAGGCAGCAGUUGUGGACGCUCUCAGGGGGAAGUCCCCCUACAACUUUAAGAAUUAUUUUCUCACCUUCUAUGCGGAUUUGUCAGGGAGCACCCUAGCAUGGUGCAAAACACUGCAGCCCUUCACAUCGCUCCUCCGUACACGAGACCUCUCCUACAGAUGGAAGAGAUCCCAUACCCUGGUGGUCCUACAAGGCAGCACCCCCUACCCAGUCCAGGAUCUCGAAGGUUCAACCGCCAUUUUGGAGACUCUGGGACUCCCACAAGACUCUCUCACCAACAGGGGGUCAGUAGCAAAGGCUGCAACGCACACCUGGGACCCAGCCAACAGCUGUGCCCAGGAAGCCUGCUGGGACGACCAAUGUGGUUGUCACAACUUGAACUCCUGCUACUGGUCUCGUCAGAAAGCCCCAUAUCACCUCCUACACAGUUUGCAUAAUGUUAUGCCUGUUUCUGCUUUAUUUUUGUUUUAAUGUUGGGCCUCAUUUUACUGGCCCAUUAUCAGGUCAAGACCUCUCACGUGAAAUACAUUGAGAUGCUACUGGCCCAGUGGACCGGCUCCCCUUUCCCCCCUCCCUCAGCGAACCUUAAACACAUUGCCCUAAACCAGCGGACCCUUACCCUCUAUGAUCAAACUAAUAUUUGAGUCCUCUAUCUUACACUGUGAGCUAUCUCAAGCCUGAUCUAAUUCUCUGGCUACUCUACUUGAACCUCUUUAUUUGUAGCACAUAAAUACCCUGCAAAUUAACUCUUUUGUAUGCUUAUACCCAAAGCUGUGCUGAUGCAUAACUGCACUUCUUAUACUUGUUAUGCAUAUUUGUUAAUAUACCCAUUGUGCAUAAAUAUUCCUUGAUAGUCAUGCACAAACAAAAUAAAGAAUAAAAAAAUAAACUCCUAAGCAGUUCUUGUCUAUUAGUUUAUUGUCCAAAGCCUCUGUUAAUAGGCACUUACCCUAUUCCAGCUCUUCAGGUAUAGAUUAUCUUUUCAAUUUUUUUUAUAGGUGGAAACAUUACCUAGUUGUCUCAAAUUCUUGAACAUAGUUUCAUCUGUUGUGGACUACGAAGGAACCACUGUUGUCCGCAAGGUUGUUUUUUGUUUAGUUUUUGUUUUCUUUUUCAAUAAUUUCAUAUUUUGUGUAUUUUUGAUCAACAUGGCCAUCAUGUAGUAGUAUUCCACACAUGGAAGUGCUAUACUCCUGACCAUUUCCCCCCCAGUGUUUAAUGUGGUAUUGUAAUCUAAUGGAGGUUGUAAGCCCAGAUAAAUAUACACAUUGCCUUCUUUAGAGUGUUAACAUACGGGAAAGAAAAAUAGGUAUUGUGUAUUGGUAUAGGUAUUGUGCGGUAAUAUUUUAAUCUUUUAAGAAAUUUUACCAAACAUGAAAAGGCCUAACAUUCUCAUCUCUUGAGGUGCAAGAAUAUAUACCUCAGAAGAGUUGCACAAUUAUUCUUGUAAGGUUCAGGCAAAUUAGCUGACAUUCAUAUUUAAUAUUCAAAUAUAAGAUCAUUGAAGUAGACCACCAAAAUGGUAAGCUAGGCUUCAGCAUGGUCUGCAGGUUUUUGAAUUAUCUUGUCAUAUAAUUUAAAAUGCUCACUAGAUCACAUUUUGUUGUUGGUUGAAUUUGGUGGUGCCAUGGGUUAAGCACCAGAUGACCUUUUUCUACAUUAGUCUGGCCAUUUGAAUAACUGCCAUUAGAGGUGUUUUUAGGAAGUAACGUAAUCACUGCAUUUUCUCUGAAAACAUAAGUGUUUACAUGAAAAUUCCAGCAGGGACAUACUAUACAUUAAGCUGUAGCUCUGGUGACUGUAGUGUAGUGUCCCUUUAAACCAUUACACAAAGUUUGUCUUGCUUAUAUCGCGUGCAUUAGAAUUUCAUUGACCUUCUACAUUAAUGUAAGCAUGUUAAUUCUUAAUAGAAUACAAUCAUCUCUGUAUAAAGUGGAUUUGGAAAGUAACAAAGCAAUAACUGGAAUACCAGUCAGGAUUUAUUUCCAAGUGAAUUAACACAAUCAUAUUAUCAUAACAUGUAUCGUCUAAUAGACAUUCUUUAGUCAGACUUUUUGAGUAUACGCCUCCACUUCCACCAGAAUAACAAUACUUGUACAGGGCAUCAAAUAAAAUCAAAAUUAGUUCUUAUUUUAAAGGCUAAUAUCAACUAGUUUUGUUGAUAAUCUGAGGGCCUUCAACUCCAAACAAAUAUAUAAAACAUUUACUACGUGUCCAAAGUACGAGAAAUUAGACUAUGAAGGAACUUUCUUUUUUUUUUUUUUUGUAGUUUGCUCAUCACAAAUCAUAGCGGUAAUUAUUUCUAUCAAAUUCUGUUUUACCACGUUAACCAAAAUUUCCCUACAUUUAAAUGGGUACUCUAGCUAGACUAACAAUAAGGAUGUGUGGCAGGAUUUUACUUUAUAUAUAAAUAUAGUUGAUACAGAGUGAGAGGCCUCAAUAACGACGGUAAUUAAAUAAGGUUGUAACACAGGGAUGCUCUCUGCUGGUAAAGUUAAUAUUUACAAGUUUCCCAACCCUUUUUAAAUAUAGAUUAGUAGGCAUUUUAUUAUUAAAUGAUGUAGGCCUAGAAAUUCUGAUGGUGCUUUUUCUGGGCUACUGACCAGAAGUCAAGUUUAUAGGAUUUUGUUAUUCAUAGGCGGAUCAGUGUUUCUUUUUUCCCCAAUAAGACAAAUACAGGUUUAUGUAACACUAGUUUCAAAUGUGAAGCAAAACAUCGCAAGUGUGCUUACAGUAUUUCAUAUAUUAAAUCUAUAAGGCAAGUGAUAUGCGAAUUGUACUAGAUUCAUACAUGCUUACACACAAAGUUUUCCUUUGCAUCAGUUAAUUUUAUUAUGGAAGCUUUCAAAACACGUUACUAAAGAAUAUUUUGGUUGAAUUAUUGAUCACACUGCAAACAAUAUUUAAAGUGUACCAACUAAACUAGUUUAAUUAUGCCUGACGAGCAUUAGGAAAUUGUAAUUUCUGUAUACAAUGUGUUUAUAGCACGUUAUGUGAAAUAUACAGAAAUAUUGUGGGGUUUAUUUUUAUUGAUAGGGGCACUUUUAAUCCAGCAGUUGAAAGGAUUAUUAUGAAUCUUUUCUUGUAAAACUACAAUACAACUGGAAGAGCUAUUACAAGAAUCACUACACCCCCUACCCAUUUCUCCUGUAUGUUCAUAACAUUGAUAGUAUAUGAGGGCAACCUCCAUAUCUGAUAAAGUACACACUCUGUACCUCAGUGACACUUCAUCAGUUUUAAAUACCUCAAAUGUGAGAUCAACGUCAAUAUUGUAUAGAUUAACUCACUGGUAGUGUAAUGAGCUUUGACUCAAAUGCGAACUGGUCUUUUUAUACCAAUGUAUUCCCAGGGUUGAGGACAGGCCUGCUUACAUAGUAUCGGUCAGUAUCUAUACAUUUCAAGCCUGGUCAGUUGGUUGUUUACUGCCAUUUUUUUUUAUGUAGAAUGAGGUAAUUUGCUAGAAGUGUCCGCUAUAGUUGCAUAAAUUACUGUUUAGUGAGCGCGCACACACUCCUGUAAAUAGGGUAAGAUGAUGGUUUAAGAUAAUAGUAUCAAGACUAUUGUUAAUUGACCAAGCAUUUCAGCUGGCACAACAAAGUGAAGUCUUUAUAUUGUAAACUCUCCAGCUAGUAGAUAAAUGGGUGUAAACAUUUAUAUUAUAAACCUUAUUUUGUUUCCAUUUAAAUGACUUUAUUGCUGUACUUAAAUGUGAUUUUAGAAGUGAAUACAAUUUAUGUACUUUGAUACUAUGGUGAAAAACUGCUUUUGAAUUGUCAAAUAAAAAUAUUUUUGGUGUCUGACAAUUGUAAUGUAGCUAUUUAUACCGAAAACAUUCACACAUUUACCUUAAUUAAGUGUACUUGUCUCAAAAUGACUGGAUCAGUUUAAAACACUUCCAUAUAAAAUAGACUUAAAG